AUCCGGGAAAUAUAUCAGUUGCGUCCAUACUACAGUUGGCCAUGCCGCGACAAAAACACAGACACAGAACACUCCCCCUGACGCCGUGACAUGAUAGAGAAGCGCUUGGUGGAUUUCCAGACACACGGUUGGGCAGAGCGCAUGUAGCCGAGACCCGGACGCACCUGAACACUGUGAGUGGAGUGACCGUCAGUGAGCAGGAAAUAGCCCGUCACUUGGUCUGCAAACGUCUGCUUCGUCGUCUCUGUUAAAGGGAGAACCGAACUGACGGAGUAUUUGCCGCUGUGGAGCAACAUAUAACCCCAUCGCGUUUCCAGUGGACCAAAUCGUUGUUUUUGCAUUUGGCACGCCACGUUUAUGGUUUAAACGUUGGAAGGACGACUUUCAGCCGUCACAAAAACUCCUCAUGUUAUGUAAGUGCCACAAACCGAAAACAGAGUUAAUUGUUCUGCGAUGUCCCGGAGCAUCUGCGUGGAAAACUUAACGGCAUGCUGCAUGUUGACUGUCGCGGCCGUGCGAGCGAGCUGAAACCAAUGGACACGAGCGCGAAACACUGGGUAAGUCUCAGACACACACACACACACACACACACACACACACACACACACACACACACACACACACACACACACACACAGAGUUGUGUGCCUCUGCUUCAGUUGAGCCAUGAAAAAAUCUUACACUGCCUUCUGUCAUAAUAAGGAUAAGACCUUAGAAUAAAAAAAAAACACCCUGAAUAACAAAUAACAAGAACGAAAACAAUGAUUUUCUGUUUUUUCCCCUUUUAUCAAUUUGAUGAACCAUAUUAGUUCUUGUGGUUUCUAUGAUGGUGAGCAUGGGUGGACAAGAACUCACUGAAGUUACAGAAAUUCAAUAGCUUUUGUGUGCUUGCAUUUAAUCUGAUAAGUAUUUUCAAUUACUACAACCAGCACAUUUAUUUCCACUUAAGUAUUUUCUUUUUAAAGUAUUGUGCCACACAACAUUUUCCACAGGAUCAGCUACUUAGUGAAAAAAAGUUGCCAAAUUUUUUUUUUCAGCAACUGCAUGGCAUCGAGCUGAUUGGAUAAGGUCUACACUGUAAAAAAAAAAAGAAAAAAAUCCCACCAAAUGUGUCCCUAGUUUAGAUAAAAUGUCUCAUUACACUUAACACAAGAUACAUACACUUGACAGGCCCUGAUGUAAAUUUUGUUUCAAUGACACAGGGGUUCUAAAGAUCUUAGUGUUGUGUCUGCAGACUCAUGUAAUUGGCGUAGAACGCAAUUUUCACUCUGAUCAAUCAAUAAAACCCAAAUUUUUGGGUUUGUUAUAACAAGCCUGUCAGCAGAGCUAAGUGUGCAGGGACCAUCUACAUAAUGUGAUACUUCAAUACCUUUGGAAUUCUACAACAUGUUGUUUGGAAAAUAGCACAUAUAUAUAUUUUUGGGGGGCAGGGGGAUAUCUUGCUCCACUAUGUGCUUUAAGUAUCCAGUAGUCAAUAUGUAGGGUAGCCCAAUUUAAAAAAUCGAGUUCUCUCUUUUUUAAGAAGGGCAGAAGGGCAGACUGAUGGCUUUACUCCUAGGGGUAGUAUUAUGCUUUUUCACAUUUACAACAAAAAAUGAUAAGUUACCAUGUUUGGUCUCCAUUCUAGAUGGAUGCACAGUUCCAAUUUAUGAGGUAAAAGUGUGUUGUCAUAAUCCUCGCAAACAGCUUAAAACGUUACCUUGCGAGAAAAUGCGAGACUCUAGAAUAACUGUACCAUUGCAAUAGGCUCUCCUUAAGAGUUCAUCUGUGCUUCUGGCAAAGCAGAACAGCCUACCUCCAACACCUAUUUAAAAGGUAACAGAAAGGAGGUAUAGAGUCUGAAAAAUUCAUAAUACCCCCUCUUAAAGUAAAAUGUCUUUAAAUUACUGUACUUUUACUUCAGUAGAAUGUUGUUGUUCUCCUUCAACCUCUGAGGAUAAGUAAAAAACACAGGUAAAUCUAUGUCUAGUAAUACAUUACUGUUAAGUCUUAUUUAUGGCCAUGCUCCAAACAGAAUUCUUGCAGAAUUGUUAUCACGGUACUUUAAAUUGUCUGCUUCGGUUACAGCAUUGCUCUGCUCUUGGGAUUGUUACAUUGUGCAGGACUGUUGUCAAUUCUGAUGAAUUUAUACUCUCAGAGCAUAUUCAUAAAGCUCCUGUCAUCACCAAUGCGACAUGAAGGACUAUUAGUCAGGGAGCCAAAGUCUCAAACGCUCAAUAAAAUGGGUUGAACCUGACAUGGUCUGUUAUACUUUUUAUUUGUGUUUUUUUUUUUUUUUGGUGUAAACUUUGACCCUAAGAACCAAUAAUUGGAGGGUCUGCUCUGCCGGAAACACCAUGACAGAAAACUGUGGCCAUUUAGUGAAUGUACCCUUAAUUUUUUAAUAGAACAUUUUGCAAAAUGAACAAUUCCCUAACAUCCAAUGAAAAAAUAACUUGUAAAUAAAUCUGGAUCAUGAGUUUAAUGUCCGCAAUAUUCAGCUGGGCUGGAUGAUGUAUCAUUUGUAUGACAACAGUUAUUAGCUUGUGUGCAAAAGUUACAUUGCAGGACAUGUCAGUCUCAUGACCUGAAUCAAAUUAUGCUGUCACCACUUUCUUAUUGUUCAGGAUCAAUCCACAACACGUUUCUAUCUGAAAUCAAUUUGGUUCUUAACUGUGAUCUUAUUGAGAUCUCUAAAAUCAAUGCAGGGUCUUAGUCCCCCAUUGUUUCUCCAUGCAAAGAAAAACUCAGUCACAACUGGUGACGUGGAGGGGCAAAUGAACCCUUUAAUGCUGAGAGAAUAGAUUUAUUUCCUCAUCCUAUUAUAAUUCCAGGCAGUAGUUGCGUUGUGAAAAAAAUUCAGGGGGGAUAGUGGAUUUUAUUGUUUGAGAAAGAUAUUUUGUUCUGAUAACAGUGCACAUGGUGGGAAACCAACUGUGUACCCAUUUUAUUAUCUCCGCCAAGGAGGUUAUGUUUUUGGUAGCGUUGGUUUGAGAAAGUAACAGACGGAUUGACCUGAAAUUUUCACCAGAGGUGCGUCUCAGCCCCAAGAGGAUCCCAUUAAAUUUUGGUGGUGAUCCGGACAAAAUUCUGGAUACUGUGAUCCAGAACACACAAAAAUAAGGGUGUCGUUGGAAUUUUCAAUGCUGAAAGAUAACCAAUGGGCGGCUCAGUGGUGUAGUGGUUAGCACUGUCACCUCACAACCAGAAGGUCCUGGGUUUGAAUCCCGGCCCGGGCAUUUCUUGUUUAAGGGGGGACAUGAGCUGCUUGGUGGAGGUCUGUGCUCUCAGAGUGCUUUUCUAGUUGUUACUUAAGUGCAAAGAUAAUUAUUAUAUUACGUAAUCCCUCGGAUUGAGCUGUCCAUGUCACUUGGCCAUGAUAAUGAAAUCGCAACAGCGUCACCAGCGCUGCUCACUGCUCUCAUUUUUUUUUUUAAAGGAAAAAAUGUCAUUUUCACACAUGCCGCCUCACCCAGAGUAUUUUACUAAAUAUGCGCGAAGCCCCCUGUCGCAGGGUUCUCGCUCAAACAAUGACAAUAAUAGUGGAAAAACACAGGUGUAGUGGAAAACACACUGAUUGCGAUAGGAUAUAUUGACAGCCGGCCUUCCAAGGUGCAGUGCAAAAUUAAAAGUGGUUGUUUUUAGACUCUCACUUAAAGUGGCAUACAUCUUUUUCUCUUAUCAGAGACUCAAUACAAUUUUGACUUAACGUUGAAAACCUAUAGUCUAUAUUUUUUAAAAUCAAAGAAAGGCAUUGAUAAGGGAAUUGUUAAAGAAUUGAAUCGAUAAGCAGAAUUGACAAUGGCAUUUAUAUCGAUAAAAUCUUAUCAGUUCCUAUCCCUACUCCACCUCUCAUACACUUUUCUUGAAGAGCUGAGUGCACCCCAUUUGCAUGGGUUCAUGAUUGCCAGAGGAGCCCUGUAGCAGUUCUGAUCAGAUCCUCAUGUGAAUCAGGAACGUCAUGGAACACUAACUCAUCUUUGAACAUUUCAGCAAAAUUGAGACAGAGAAUGGAUGAAGGUAGAGGCAGGGGUCUCCGUAUAUUUUACCCAGAUGCAGUGCCUCUUCCAGAAGGCUGUAGCCCAUGAAAACCAUAUCUGAGAGGAAGGAUAUAUUGUAUGCAACCUGGGCUCAUUCCAGGGCUGCACGAUAUUGGAAAAAAUAACAUUGCAAUGUUUUUCAACCCUGCAAUAUAUAUUGCAAUAUAUAAUGCAAUUCUGAGUCACUGAAUGUGACUCAGAAUUUAAAUGUUUUACUGAAUGUUCGCUUUGUCUGCCUGUGGCUGGCUCAUUCCUUCAGAAGGCUGGGAGUAGGACACAAAUGCAGACCAAAGGAUUUUAAAACCUACUCUGCAAAGGUUACGCUGUUUGUGGUGGCUGGUUAGGUUUUCUCCUUACUAAAUCCUAUAACUAAAUCCAAAAUAGACAUUCUAUACAAGAGGCUAAAACAGAAAUUACAGUGGUGUACUAAACUAUGUGAACCAAGGGCACUUGCACGCAUUUGCUGAGUUUAAUGAACAUUUUCCACAUGGAUCUUUUUUUUUGUUUUUAGGCCUUGUAAGUAUCUUAAAGGUGGGGUAGUCAGGAUCUGAGGAAGUGCCAGUUUUUAGGAGAAAUCUUGAAUGUAAACGCUACCCCUCCCAACCAGUUUUCCCCUCAGCUCCUCCUCUCCCCUCCCUCUCUGCUCCAGCAAGCCCCGCCCACAAUCAGCUUGCUCCUGUCGUUCCAAUCGAAUUCACUUACAAUGCAGAUAAAUGCUUCAGAUAAUUACAAAUGGGGCCCAGUCAACAUGAAAGUAAAAAGCAUUGGUGCUACUGUAGAUGCCAACAGACUACCAGCAAACACAAUGUUUGCAGGACUUCUACAACUAGGAUAAAGUGACGUAGUCCAGGACCUGAGGUCAACAGUUUAGCGGUGCUACAACACGUCCCGUUUGACAAGAAACACUUCUGUUACAGACACUUAGCUUACUUUGUUAAUGCCGUUUACCUGCCCAGCAUAAAGGUUACAGGGUCACCAAGAUCCCCGAAGCGUCCCUGAAGUGUUUGUGCUUCAUUGAUGUUGACCCGGCCUCUUAGCUCUUGUCUGGUCUACCUCCUUUUUAAGUGCCCGUUAUUCAGCCAGAGUUGGUAUUUAGUUUGUUUUCUUGCUUGUGUUGGCAGUUGUGGCUAAAGGAGGAUUCAGACAAUUUUCUGUACUUUCUGGUUGGUUUCUACUGUCCGAUAUUGUAACACGCUAACUUUGUUUGGGCUCGUGAAUGACACUGGGGAGCAGCAUCAGCCUCACAACCCAUCAGCACAAAGGAGUAGCGUCUGAGAUGGAGAAUGGCUUUGUUUACAAUCAGAAAGAGCUGGCCGCUCAAAAAUUUUAAAAUAUUGACUACACAGAUAUAACAAACCACAGCAAUAUAGCGAUACUCCCAAAUGUCAUCAAUAAACAAUAGCUAUUGACUGAUAUUAAAAGCCUUUUUGUAUAUACACCAUAUAAAAGAUGCUUCUUUAACAGAAUCCUGCCUACCCCACCUUUUAAGUUUUUAAAAAGUAUUAUUCGAUCCUUUUUUUUAUUUUAAUUACUUUAUUUUAAUUUAUUUAACCCAUAUUUAGCCAGGUAAGUCCCAUAGAGAACAGAGAACUCUUUUUCAGGGACACCUGACCAAAAACGGCAGCAAUACACUUUCAACAACACAAACUCAAACUCACCACAAUACACACUAACUAUAAACAACAGUAACAAAAUAAUGAUCAGUUGAAACACUGACAUUCAGAGAGUUUAUAUUCAAGCGUUUUCACAUUAGAUUCAAAAACAUUCAGAGCCACCAAGUUUUGCGGUUUAAAUUUAGUCUGCAGAUUAUUCCAUGCAAAAGAAACAGAGAAACUAAAAGCCAUCUGAGUUCAGACGCAAGUUGUGCAGUCCAUCUUUCAAGGUCAACAGAGAGGAAAGGUACUCCAGCUUGUUACAGAGUACGGCUUUAUAAACGAAGAUGUACCAAUGUCCAUGAAAACGUUUUCUUAAAGAAGUCCAGUUGACCUCUGAAUAUUGAGUACAAUGAUGAGUCAGAAAUCCAUAGUUAGUGAUAAAUCUCAGAGCACUGUGAUAUGCACCAUCCAGCAAAUAAGGACUCUGAGCAGAAGCAGUCAUGUACAAUACAUCUCCAUAAUCAAGAACAGGUAAAAGUAGACUCAACUAGUCUCUAAUUGACAUAAAGAAAGAAACAGGACUUUCUGUAAAAGAAGCCAAGUAUGACCCUUACCUUUUAGCAACAUACUAAAUGUGCUCCUUGAAAGACAAGUUAAUUUCUGCAUUUAGAGCAAGCUGCAGCUGGCUAAUCUGAUCUUGCAUUUCAUGAAAAAGAGCAGUCCCAACACUGAACCCUGAGGAGCGCCCUUACGGAGCUUUAAAAACUCAGAUGUAACACCAUCUGAUUGAACAGCCUGGGUUCUGCAACCAAGACAGUUUGUAAACCACCCAAUGGCAUUAUCUGAGAACCCAGAAGCUUUAAGACGUUUCAGUAUAAUUCUGUGGUCCACAGAGUCAAAGGCUUUAGAAAAAUCUAUUAAAAGAGACACACAAUACUCUUAUCCAAGGUCUCAAUGACACCAUUAAAAACUUUCAUCGCAGCAGUGGUAGUGCUGUGGUUCUGUCGUAGCACUACCACUGCUGCUUUGAAAGUGUACAGCCGAUCAGUUGAAAAACCAUUCGCCUUCAGCCCUCCCCCGAAAUUAUUUUCGGCAACUUAACCAAUUCUUUUUCUGCCUGGUUAACUCUUUGUAACUACAGCCUACUUUCAAAAGUGACUGAAUUGAUAACUGACUGCAUCAUAAAAGCAAUUAAGUCACUUUGUAAGUUAUGCUCAAUUUCUGCAUCACUAGCCUUUACCUUUAAGAUAUGUACCUUUCACCUGGUCUGGUGUUUUAUGAAUAUGUUCGGUUAAAGCUGCAAAUUCACAAGUUGAUAUUGGAAGUAUUUCUGAAACAAUAUAUAUAGUACUUGUACUGGGCCUGCACGAUAUAUCGUUUGAGCAUCGUCAUCACAGUGUACGUGUGUGCAAUAGUCACAUCGCAGAGCCUGCGAUGUUGGAGGCGAAUGAACUCAUCUAAUUUCAAGGGUAGCUGACUGAGAUACACUGCAUGUGACUCUGCGUGUGCUGUGCAGCGAUCCACCAAUCACCUUCGUUCUUUACUCAGUUGCCAAUCAGACUCAGUGCUCAGUUGCCAAUCAGACUACCCUGCCAGCUGUCAAUCAAAAUCAGAGAGGAGGAAACCCACCCCUGCACAUGUUCUGCACAUGGAGUGAGUCGCUGGCUGCUGGUGUUGAGCCGAGAAACGCGUGUCCGCUGAGAAUUACUUUCGGAACAUUACUCAUGACUGUUAAGCCCAACAAAUAAGAACUGUAUAAGAUUUCAGCAGUGCAGCAUAACAUUAAAUGCUAUUCAGGUCAUCUGGUGAAAAUUCCUGUAUUUUUUAAUAUCGCAAUAUAUAUUGCAGGGUUAAAAAAUAGCAAUGUUAGUUUUUUCCAGUAUCGUGCAGCCUUGACAGUGUUUUAGGGUGUUUUCACACCUUAAAGUCUGGACCAAGGUCUGUGUUUUUGUUACAUGGCAUACCUGUGGUUUGGUUUGUUUGUGAGUUUCACACUACAGACAUUUGAUGAUAAACCAAUAUGAUAUCAUCAUCAACUCCGUGCUUUGUGUGUCUCUGUAGUUUAUAUUGAUUGGUCAUUUGGCUGGCAGGCAUCUAAUGUCAACACGUUGAAUAACGCAGAUCUUGGAUGUUGUAAACAUAAAUGAAACCAACAUUUCCACCAUCACAUUAUUGAUGAUUUUCUACUAACAGUGACAUAUUGAAGAGCUGAACAUGAGGCUGGUCCAAGUUCGUCUAAUGAAUUUUAUCAAUAGAGGACGACUUUAUUGUCGUCAACAGGAAAGGAGAAGAAAGUAUGCAAUUUUGAGAGCCAUUGCAACCCCCACUCUGGAGAGAAAGAAUGUGUUUUAAAACUCUUGAAAAGAUAAGCUGUCUAUAGUGAGGUAUAACUUUAUCUACAUGGUUAUGAUAUUCCCUGUUCUUGGACAAUCUCCAUUUCACAUAAUAACAGACGCUUCUACUCCUCGUGUUAUUUCCUGUCUUUGGUACAAAGGUCUAAAGCUUUUAAUAUAAUGCUUUCACACUGGGCAUGAAGCAAUCUGGGGUUCAGUUUGGUCCAGACCAAGACCACCUGUUUUGUUCCGGACCAAGGUCCAGGGGAGGUUUCACACUCAUUUUGGUUCGGACCAAAGAGAUAAAUCUGGAAGUCCUGACCAAACUUGGCAUGGUGGUGCGGUAGGGGGAGGUUUUGACAGAAUGAGCUGGCACAGUGAAAUUUUCGUGCUCGCUGGUGUGAAGUGCACUGAAAGCUUGCUGAACCUGGCCAGUUUUCAGCGCAGGCAGAGCGCAGCUGGUCUAGUGGUAUUUUGAUAGAGUGGUGGGAUAGUGCGCAUAUGUCACCGAUGCCUCACAGGCAGGUUUCCACAGUGUCAGGUACAUUUCUUUGCAAUAAAUAAUCAUCAACAACUAAUAUUCAGUGCAACUAUCUGAGUCAGCACAUACAUUAAGAUCUAUAUUGAUACAUUCUGAUCCAUAUCUUUUCUGAUUAGUGCCUUUGGUGUGCUUUUGGACACUCCAACUGACUAAAUUAACACAGCUGAAACCACAUUAAAUUAAAUAUCCAAUAAAUAGUCCCACAUGAUGGAGUGAACAAGAUAUUUAAUUUGUCCCCCCCAUUUUCUCUCUUCCUCUUCUUCUCACAGAUCUCGACCCAGAUAUGUCUCCAGACAUGUCUCUGUGUCCCCUCCCCAUCCUGCUGCUGCUGCAGCAACAAGGCUGGCCAGACGAUUUAUUUUAGUGAUCAGUAGAGUUAUUUACUUUGAAAAUUUGAACAAAAAAUUUUCUAUCUAACGUUCUCACAUCCUUAAAAUUCUGUGAAUAUUCAAUCCGGAGUUACGCCCAUAUACGAAUAUUAUAAUAUUCAGUUGCGUGAGCCAAGUUCAUUUUAUAUGCCAACAUCAAUGAAAGAAACAGCCAGGCCACGGAGCGCUAUGCGUCCUUUACACACAGGUGGUUCCGUUUUUUAGUGCCAUUAUUGGAAUUUGUUUAUGUUGUGAUCUGUAUGCACAACCCACCUUUGUCAUGUGGGGUUUAUAUAUUUGCAACUUUGAGUGUCUUUAUUUGUGGAAAAGGGUGUUUGUCUUACCAGUGGGUACAACCUUACACACACCGUGCUUCGGCACGCCUUAUCUGCGCGGCGGACCUGACUUACGCUGCACCUGCGCCACGCCACUGGCCAGGCACGAAAAUAGAGCCCCUUGUCCUACUGUAGAAGCCAUUUUUUAGUUCAUUUCAAGAUCUUAUUUUUAAGUGAACAAGUAAAAGUCUCAGUUUAGAUGGUUAAUCGUAAGGACCAAAUUCACGUAAAUAUAUGAUUCAAAAUUAAUUAAAUGGGUUGCUUAUGUUGAUUAAUAGAUUCAGCUAUGCCUGUCUAGAAAAUGUUUGGUUAUGGGUGGAGUCGCAAUCGUUUUAGGUCAGCCAGCACAGUUUAGUCUUUUGUUUGGUCUAGGUUGAGACGGGCAGUACGUAUGUUUUUUGACCAUGAAAUCUGAGCUGGAUUGAACACCUUUUUGAUAUUUUGUUCAGUUUUUGAGUUGUAAGCUCUUUGGAACCUGCAAUCUGUAAAAUAAACAGAACAACCACAGACCUGUGAGUAUUGGAAUCAUUUUAUGAAUAAAAGGCGUUAGGACAUCUCGAAGGCUUGUCUGAUUCAAGUGGCUUUUAAAAACUGUUGGAGGAGGAAUCUGACACUACACUUAUUGAAACCAAUCAGGCACUGACACAUCUGAAUUUCUCUGGGAGCAACCCCUUAUCCAACUGAAGGAAUGGUCAGACUGAAUGCCUCUUACAAGAUAUAAAAUGUUCCUAUUUCUAGACCGUUCCUUUAAGUAAAUUCACAUUUUUGAGGACCAAAAACUCUUAAAUUCCCUUGAGACUUUCAGUUUCUUAAUGUUUGUAGGACUGCUUUCAAAUGAAUGAGGUUCAUAGAUUUCACCCACAUUGUCUGAGAUAUAGGGCCCUAGCCAGAAAAAGUUGGACCUAGCAGCUAUAUUGACCUCAUUGUGGACUGAUAAGCUUGAACAGGCUGGGAAGACUGGGAAAGGGAAAGUUGUUCCUCUUUCCUAUUUAUUUUUACACUCGGUUUUAGGUUGAAUACAAGAAACUACAUGGCACUCCCAGAAACACUUGCUUGCUGGCUGUAGGCAUUUAUCAAGAAGUUCUUUUAUGUUUUAAAAGUUAUAAUCCAAAUAUCUCAUAGACUCACAAAUCUGUAAAUUGAUGAACCAUGGAAUAAAGAAAGUCUUCAACUUCAAAAUAACAGCAAGAUAAAUAUUUUCACAACUUUUCCCACCUUCAAUGUGACCUAUAAUCUGUACAAUGCAAUUGAAAAACAAACUGAAACCUUUAAGGAGAAAAAUAAAAAAUAGAAAAGUUAAAAUAACCUGGUUGCAUAAAUAUGCACACCAUUAAACUAAUACUUUGUUGCAGCACCUUUGGCUUUUAUUACAGCACUCAGUCUUUUUGGGAAGGAUUCUAUCAGCGUGGCAGAUCUUGAUGAGGCAAUAUUUGCCCACUCUUCUUUGCAAAACUGCUCCAAAUCUGACAGAUUGCAAGGGCAUCUCCUAUGCACAGCCCUAUUCAGAUCAUCCCACAAAUUUUGAUGGGAUUCAGGUCUGGGCUCUGGCUGAGCCAUUCCAAAGUCUCAAUCUUACUCCGGUGAAGCCAUUCUUUUGUUGAUUUAGAUGUGUACUUUGAGUCAUUGUCGAGCUGAAAGAUGAAGUUCCUCUUCAUCUUCAGCACUGUAGCAGAAGGCCGAAGGUUUUGUGCCAACACUGACUGGUAUUUGUAACUGUUCAUAAUUCCCACCACCCUGACUAAGGCACCAGUUCCAGCUGAAGAAAAACAGCCCCAAAGCAUGAUGCUGCCACGACCAUGCUUCACUGUAGGUAUGGUGUUCUUUUGGUGAUGAGCAGUGUUGAUUUUGCACCAAAUAUACCUUUUGCAAUAAUGCCCAGAAAGUUCAACUUUGGUUUCAUCAGACCAUAACACAUUUUCCCACAUGCGUUUGGGAGAUUUCAGUCGUCUUUUUGCAAAAUUAAGCCGGGCUUUGAUGUUUUUGUUUGUAAGAUAAGGCUUCCGUCUUGCCACCCUACCCCAUAGCCCAGAUAUAUGAAGAAAGGCGGAGAUUGUUGUCAGAUGUACUACACAGCCAGUACUUGUCAGAAAUUCCUGCAGCUCCUUCAGUGUUGCUGUCGGCCUCUUGGUAGCCUGUUUGUCGAGCAUCAUUUCUCUGUAGACGAUGGGCUCAUCAGUGUGCCCACCGAAGCAGAAGCCAUCAGCCUCCUGCAGAGAACACAUACCUCUCUCAGUGAAUCUAACCUAAGGCUGCACAAGUUUGCCUUAAAUAGUGAAGCUGUUCUACAGGCAUUUGCACCGGGAGACAGAGCAGUUCUAAAAGACCAUGACCUCAGCAUUGAAGCUACACCAGUGCAAUGUAGUUUGGGACUGCUGUGGGAGACAACAGCAGACACCUUCAAAUUUACAGUCUCAGGACACAGAAAAGCUUUCACUCUCAGGGGAGUUCUGUCAACAGUAAAUAGCAUCUUUGACCCUUUAGACAUGGUCGCACCAGUAACCAUCGAAGGCAGGAGUCUCUUGCAGGAAAUCAGUGUCAACACAUGUGACUGGGAUGUUCCCCUUCUAGAAGAAAAGCUGAAGCAAUGGGAAGCAUGGUGAGAGUUACUGCAUGACUUAAGCAAGCUACACAUCCUACAUGCAUACACUGCAACAUCACUUUCCCAUGCUGUACACACAGAGCUGUUUUCUGAUGCAUCCACAAAGGCCUUUGAAGUGGUGGCAUAUCUUAGGACUAUUCAACCUGAAGGAGAAGUUGAAGUAGGGUUUGUCUUAGGAAAAGCUAAACUGGCCCCACUGUCUGAACCCACCAUCCCGCGGCUGGAAUCGUGUGCCGAGGUAUUAGCCGUGAAAGUCACCGAACUCGCCCAAGAUGAACUGGACAUGAAGCUGGAUGCAAUCAAGUUCCACUGUGACAGCAAGGUUGUGCUUGGCUACAUUCACAACCAGACCAAACGCUUUUACGUCUACGUUCAUAAUCGAGUCAGAUGAAUUCAGCAGUCCACAAGACCUGACCAGUGGUUCUGUGACACAGAGUUUGUUUUGUUUUAAUACGAAGAAAAAUAAGAACUCUCACCAAAUUUGAUGGUCCAAUCUUUAAAAAUUUGACUGUCAGCUCAAAAUAAAGAUGAAAAAAAUGACAAAUGUCCCCAAAACGGACACAGUAGGAACCGAGGUUUAAGUAUUCACUUCUCUCGUCAUCUGUUUUAGCAAAUACUUUUAGCUGAGGAAAUCUGAAAGGUGUCCCAUACAGAAGGUCAGAAGGGUAAAGACCUGUAGUUGAUGUAAUUAUGUGCAUUUUAGUCAUAAUCACUGGUAAGCAAUAAAUCCAAUCUUGCUUUGUUUCUUUCACAGCUUCUUUAGCUUUUAUUAUAUUGGCCCUGCUUACCCCAGGUAGUAUGUAUUUUUUUUAACUCGUAAAGCUAUAUAUUCUAAUUUGAGUAAUACCAAAACCACAUCCCCCAAAACCACAUCCCUCCUUCUUCCCUGAUCUUGCUGACCCCUAGUUAUCCGCCAUCUCACCAUCUGUCCUCCUCCUGGGUGACUUUAAUCUAUAUAUUGACAGCACAGACAAUCAACCAGCCACAGAAUUUUUAGAACUGCUGCAAUGCCUCAAUUUCACUCAACAUGUAGCCUUACCAACACUCAGCCGUGGUCACAUUCUGGACAUGGUUUGCUCCACCAAACUCAACAUUCAACAGCUAUCCAGUCACAACAACUGCACCUCCACCACAGCUCCUCUGUCACAAGGUGUUCCCCAGGGAUGGGGGUUGGUCCCCUCCUCUUCAUAUUCUACAUUCUCCCCCUUGGCAAAAUCAUUCAUCAUUAUGGACUCCAGUUUCGUUAUGCCGACAACAUCCAACGAUACAUCAACACCACCCACUCCAUACUCAGCAACUGUCUUACUGAAAUUAGAAAAUGGAAGCAAAGAAACUAUCUGCAACUGAACAGUGACAAAUCAAACAUCAUCAUCAUCAUCGGUCCCACAUCCCACACCAGAAUGACCCAAAACUUCAGCCUCAUUUUCAACAACUGUGCUCUGUCGUCCUCCCCUCACAUCCAGAGUCUUGGAGUCAUCUUUGACAUUCAAUUAAAUUUCGACCACCACAUUAACCACAUCACCAGGGGCCUUAUGUAUCAAUACUUGCGUGGAACUCAUACCAGAAACGAGCGCAUGCAAGGUCCGUCACGCUGAAAAAAAUCCGUAUGUAUCAAUGUGUGCGGGUGCCGAAAUCCACGUGUGUUUCCUUGAUAAAUCCCAAUCAGCGUGGAAUUGAGCGCAGAUGUCGGAGUGACUGGGCCCGUCCCCGUUACGCCCUCCUAUAAAUAUGCAUAUUUAUUUAAAUAGGGUCUCCCUGUCCUCGCACGCAGACAAAAUGACAAGAAAAACUUCAUUUACGGCGUGCGAGGUGGAGGUGCUGGUGGCGGAGGUGGAGGAGCGACAGCGUGUUUUGUUUGGCAGCCUGUCCAGUGGCGUCAGUGCAAAACAAAAACGCUUGGAGUGGGAGAAAGUUUACGAGAGGGUGAAUGCGGUGGGUUCCGAGACACACACCCCCGCGAAGAUUAAAAAAAAGUGGUCGGACCUCAAGGUGGAGUCAAGCGGCGUACAGCUGCCCUCCGGAGGAGUACCGGCCAGACAGGUGGGGGUCCGGGGGAGGAGACCCUCACACCGUUUCAGCAGCGGGUGGUGGCGAUUAUUAUUAUAGGGUAAGUGGCGUGUCACACAAACGUCCACAUGUUUUGUCAUCCCACUGAGCAAAAGACGUAUAUUAGACGUCUAGUCUAAGUUUAUACUUCAUUUCAACGUCGGGAUUCAGUCUAUUUUUAGACGGGAUUUAUACUUCGCCCUUAACUUCAUUUUUCGAUAACUUUUUAUGCAAUAAACAACUGUAAUGUGCAUAACUGACCUCGAAAUACUGGAUUACAUUACCUAUGAUACAGUGGAGAGAGAUGUAAACGCAACAGAUACACAGAAGCAGGAAUUGAAAUGAACAAAUAUUUUUAUUGUGUCACAGAAAUCAAUGUGUCGGCCGUGUCGCCGGCUUGCGGAACCCCGGCCCGCGGCAGCCCGUCCGCCGGCUCGGAGUCGUCGGCCAGGACCAGCGGCAUUCGGGCCACCCCGGCCCCUGGCCCCAGCACCAGCACCAGCAUCAGCACCAGCGCGCCGACAAGCGGUGGAGCGUCCACCAGCCGCGGCGCUUCUGCUGGACCACCCGGACGCAGUGGAAGGGUCCUCGCGGAGGGGGUCCUGCAAUCGCAGGAAGAAAUCAUCAGGGGGAUCGCGGGGAUCAACGAGCGGCUGGACCGGCCCGUAAAUGUCCUCGAGCGUCUGGUGGAGAAAAUAAAUAAAUUUGGCUCAUUGAACUGUGUAUUCACUUCUUACCCAUUCACACUGUGGCGAUGAGAUUCUCCUGCGCGAGGACGGCGGCCCGGCAGGGAUCAGCUCGCAUCCCUCCGUCUGCUGCUGGUUCGUCAUGUGGGGCGACGUGCUGCUCGGCCACGGGGAUGUGGUGCACGCUUGUCACAUAGUGAGUCACCAAACACCGCCACACAGCGUCGCCAAAGUGCGAAUCACAGUCAACGCAAGUAUCGGCUCAACGCCAAUUUCUACACCACCUCCUGACUUUGCGUUGAUUAGCGCUGGAACCGACGCUCGUUUCGCGAUGAUAAAUCUGGACGUGUGCGCCGAUUUUGGCGUACACAAGGUUUUCUCGUGCCGCAAGCGUUGAUACAUAAGGCCCCAGGACCGCUUUCUUUUACCUCAGAAACAUCAGCCAUCUCCUCCCCUCCCUCACCCUCUCUGUUGCUGAAACCCUGAUUCAUGCUUUCAAAACAUCAAGACUACAUUACUGCAACAGCAUCCUAUAUGGCUCAUCUUCCAAAGUCCUCAAUAAACUUCAAUACAAUCAGAACUCCGCUGCCCGCCUGCACCAACUCCCGACAAUACAUCACCCCUGUCCUCCAAAAACUGCACUGGCUCCCCAUCUCACACCACAUACAAUUCAAAAUCCUUCUGCUCACCUACAAAUCACUUCACAACCUGGCCCCAUCCUACCAUACAGACCUGCUCCACCACUACACCCCCUCCUGUGCCCUCCAAUCCUUAGAGAGCAAUCUCCUUGCCCCCUCGGACCACACGCCAAACUUGGGGGGACAGAGCCUUCUCCGUUGCUGCCCCCACCCUCUGGAAUUCACUCCCUAAACCCAUCAGAGACUGUACAGACCCCCACACUUUCAAAUCACUUCUAAAAACACACCUUCUUAAAUUGGCUUUUAACCUGUAAACUGUUCUUUUAUUCUUUUUUCAUGCUAUGACUUUUUUAACCUUUUACAUCGUUGGUGUAUUACUCCCAAUUGUUCUGUAUUUUAAUUGUGAAGUGUCUUGAGCACUUGGAAAAGUGCAUUAUCUGUAAAGUUUAUUAUUACUGUAUGUUGUAAUUCUGACUUAAGGGUACCUUUCCUCCUGUUGAGACAUGAUCAAUACCAUGGCUAAUUAUUGCAGAUCUGUGUAAACCUCUUGGUAAGAUUUGUUUAUUUCCAUUAUGUCUUUGUUCUAACAGAGAAAAAACAAACAAAUUGAAGUCUCUUUCGUUAGUGGAUUUAAAUGAAUGUCUCUGACUGCAGUAAAUGCAAAAAGAAUAAAAAUAGUGUCCUGAUCUUACACAGCUGUUACCGAAGGACUGUAUAAAAAUUUGACGUCUUGAGUUUACUUUACUAUCCUUGACAGAUGGAUUUAUCUUUGUGUAUGUCUGCUGCAGUUUUAGCUAAUGGAACAUGGGACGUUGAUAGUUGUCUCUUCAUCUAUUUUAGACAGUUUUUGAUUGAUUGUGCAUUUUUAUGUUGUGACGGUGUUAGUUGUUUGAAGUGCAACCACUUAAAUUAAAGCUUUCCCUUGUAGGCUGAAGGAAUGUUACCCCUUGGGAUUUGUUUGUACAUAUUGGUGUGUGUAAUAUUAUUACACACACCAAAUCCAUCUGCGCUUAUAUGGGAGAGUGUGGAAGACACCCUCUGCAGCGCUUACAGUGACACUUGUUGAGGGGCUGCCUUCUGUCGCCAUCGUGUGGCAUUACUGUCUUCAGACAUCUCUUGAUCUCUUUGAGUACUUCACGAAAAUUGUAAUAUGCCUGGCUGGUGGCGGAUUUAAAGGCGAGUAGAGGAGCUGAUGUUAUUGGUCAAUACAGGUCUCGGCUGUGUUAAACCCACUCUACGCCCUCUCUCCUCCCUCCCUCCCUAUGACUUAAGCCGCUGAGAGGAGCUGAGUUAGGGAGGGGGGAUACUUACGCCGGGCUGCGCCGCUCACCAAAAUACCAAAAUGUGCUUGGGAACGCCUUGUCGGCGUGGCAGACCUGACUUACGCCGCGCCUGUGGCACGUCUCCGGCGAAGCACGAAAAUAAAGUUCGCGGGAAAGUUUUAAUUGUCAUUGUGCCUCUGGGAUUGAUGCUGUCCAGUCAUGGCUACUGUUGCUGAUUUAGUCCAGUUCCCCUCUUAAUAAUAAUAAUAGUAAUAAUAAUGAUUAAUAUAAAUAUUCCAUCCAUGGUAUAACAAUGAAUUUUAAAUGACAUAAUGAUAGUAAAGUACAAAUGAAACAAAGAUAAAUCACAUAUUUCUUCUGUGAUGUUGACAGUGUAGUAGUAGUACUGUGUAGUAGUUGCCACUAUCACCAUAGUAGAAAGACUAGCAAAUCAAUUAAAUUUUGGAUGACAGAAAUGAUACUCUUUCAAAUAUUGGUUAGUAAGAAGUUAGUGAAUGAUAGCCUGAGAGAAUCAUGAUCCUUGUUAUUGUUGGAGGAGUAUGUACUUUUAAUAGAAAUGUGGUUAGUGAGCAGGUUUUUCCAGUGUUUGAUGUGGAUAGAGUUCCUUGAAUUCCAGUUCAUGAGGAUAGUUUUCUUGGCGAUAGUCAGGGCUGUGAGGCGUAAUUGACUGUGCGUUUUAUUCUGUUUUAAUGCUGAUAAGUCUCCUAGCAGACAAAGGAGGGUGAUGAUGGAAUGUGGCAGCCUAGAAACAGGGAUAGUAUGUCUGUGACAUUUUUCCAGAAGUGACUGACAGGUGUGCAGUGCCAGAUGGUGUGGAUGUAAAAGUCUGUGCACUUGUUAGUGCAGUGUGGACAGAUUUCUGAUGAGAAUCCCAUUUUAAACAUUUUAUGACCGAUAAGGUGAGUUCUGUGAAGUACUUUGUUUUGUAUAAGUUGUAAAUUGGGAUCAGAGGUCAUGAAGUAAAUAUUCUUGCAAAUUUGGCUCCAGAAGUUGACAUUGGGAGCAAUUGAAAGAUCUGCUUCCCAUUUUUCAGAUGGCAUGGAUGGGGUUUUGUCAAUUUGAUUUAUUAUUCUGUAUAUUUUUGAUAAAAGCUUUUUUUUAGGGAUGAGAGGUUUAUUAAUGCUGAGGUGGUUGGAGGAAGGUCUAAAUUUACUUUUUUCUUCUUGAAAGAUGUUUCAUUGGAUGAUUUACAUUGGCGGUAAUUUAGAAAUUGUUGGCUCCCAAUGCCAAACUUCUGGACCAAAAUAGAAAGUGAUCAAAGUGUAUUGUCCUUGUAGAUAUGAGGAAGAUUGGUGAUGCCUUUUUCUCUCCAUAAUUUAAAGUUGAGUGGUUUCUUGUUGCUGAGAAAAUCUAGAUUGUGCCAAAUGGGGGUGAAGGAGGAGGGUGCCAAAGUGGAGUUAGUAAGCUUGUGGAAUUUCCACCAGGCUGUCCAUUGCAAUGAUACUCUAUACAGCGACAAAAACAGUUCAAGUUAAUAUCAAACUGAAAUUUUUUAAGUCUUCCCAUCAACCUGCUUCACUGUCUUAAAUCAUGUUGAAAUUACCAUCUUUACAAUUUUUAAGCCCAGACAGUAGCCUUUUUUAGUCGAUAUUCUUGAUGGAUGCAGAAAGUGACAGCAGUACGUGUGUAUGUUCUUCUUGCCUAUCAAUUUCCUGUUGGCAUUUUCUUCUCACUCAACUCUGUAACCUUGUCACAACGCAAUUUGUGGUCGCUCUGAGGUUAUUUUGUUCAACAUGCGGUUGCUGUAUCUUUUAUCUAAGCUCCCUAUUUGCUGGUCUCCGUUCUUUUUAGUUGGUUACUGGUCAGUAAUUAAUUACCUCUCCAAAUAAAUUGAAAGUAAUGUUGUAGUCUCUCUCUUUGUCUGUAUGUUGUGUAGCAAAGACAACCUGUUUCUCAUUCCAACCCCCCAAAAGAAUGUAAGGCUUACAUCUGCUCACUAGAGACAAGAUGGUGUAAACCUUUCACACCAAAUCACAAUCCUUCUACAACCUCCUGUCUCUAUACAAGAUAACCAAAGAAGCCUUCCCAAAACACAAACUUUCUAUCCUUUCUACUUCAAAGAGACAAAGACACUGUUUAUGGCCAGCAGGAAAGAACUGCAGGACCACUCGAUCCGAUAAACACCUUGACUGGGAAGCGUCAGGUUUAUCAGUAUCCCGUGCUCUCUGUGAGUACAAUCCAAAGAGAAUAACUAAAAUUAGUCAAAUUACAGGUUGGAUAGACACUGCACGAUGAUCUUCUGUCAGUACUCAACAUGUGCAGUAAAACAGUUUUUUGUACCAUCUGUCUAUCAUGUUUAUAAGCCAAGAUCUCACACUGACAGAAUAAAUCCUUCAGUCACAAAGUUCCUUGAGAUCAACAGCUUUCCAAACUGUUUUCAUGAACUUUUAAGAGCGGAAGUUAUGUUUGAAUUAUAAUCCUAUUCUAGUAGGAAUAGUGUAGAAAUAUUUAGUUAAUCUCUUAAUCAUUUGUUUAGCUUUGUUAACCAUUAUGUAGUUAUUCUGUUAGUUAAUAACCUGAAUGUUGGUUUGUAGAAUCCAUUAUGAAUUGUUAUGAAGUUCAUUUACAUGUGUUUACCCUUGUGUUAUUCACAGUUCAUAUGUGUUGCUAUUUGCUUCAUUUCAGAGUAAUUUAACACGAUUGAUGUUUUUUUUAAAAGUGGUACUCAAAUCAUAAUGAGAAUGUUUGUUAAUGUGAUUCUACAAUUCUUUAUCUGUGUUUAGCAUCAAAUCCUUUAUUAUGAACCAAACAUUCUUUAACAUUAAUCAUAGUAAGUGAGAAUUCGAUCUGACUUCUUUACUAGCCAAAGUAUAAGUUGGAUCAAACAAUCAGGCCUCUUGAAAGUCUCCUUUUAGGAAGCUGCAGCUGGAGAUCAGGGACCCCUCCUUUCUCUCCUCACACCUUAGAGACACUUCCAGUUUGAAGAGUAUAAAACCAGUAAAGCUGGUGUGCUCUCUUGCUCUCUUGUUUUUUUUCUCUCUCUUGCUUUUUCCUCUCUUGCCUUUUGCUCUUCACACCCUUUCCCCCCUUUUUUUCUGCUAAGUUCCCUCUUCGCUUGUUUUUUUCUCUCCUUAAUUUUUUUCCUUUGAAGUUUUCCACCACGUGUUCAUUCACGAUGAUUUUUCUUUACCAUCGUUUUAGUUAAAGUUGUGAAACUUUAACUUUUUGUGCACAUAGAAAUCCAAGAUCAAGCCUUUAAUAGAUUUUUCUUUAAUUUCGCAUAGCCAUUUUUGAAAUAGUCUCAACUGGUCAUCGAGCCUCUUCUUCUGAGUCAUCUGUGUGACUUUGUGAGAUCAAAAUGAGCAUCCAAAGGAUACAUAGGCACUGGUUUUUGCUUCGGGCCCAAGUGCUGCAACUCCUGGCCCAUCUUUCGGCUGACUUUGGUCAUCAUCUGAGCUGGACCACUCGAACCGCCAGUAGCCCCAGACCUUUGGAACCUGCUCCAUCUUCUCCAAGGACCAGUCUCACUUAAGUAUGCAAACGUCCAGAGCUCCAAACAGGGCUGAUGCUGUCUCAUGCUUCAUAAUUCAGAUAACCUUAAAAUUUAUCUUUACACCAAAGUUAAUGUAGGUUAAUAUGUUAGAGCAUAUUCACUCACUAUUAUUAACUUUAGUAGUCUUAGCCUGAUUCAGAAUCUUUCAUUCAUCUGUUAUUAUCUAUAUUCAUCUUAUGCUCAUUUAUUGUAUCAUCAUUUAUACUGUAAUAAACAGAUCAUUAUUUUUCCAAGUUCCUGUCUGUUCGUGUUCUUCCUGAAGUGGAGUCCCUGAAAUGAGAAUUUCAGCUUGAGAUAUGAGAUUGAUUAAUUUAAGAUUAACUUAAUGUUUGAUUUCUGAAUUAAAGUUUUGUUUUUCUUUAUUUUCCCACCAUUAAAGGUGGGUGGUGCCCCUUUCAACGAGUGCAUAAAUGUUAUAAAUGAAGAUUAUUAUCAAAUAUUAAUCUUCAGACAUUUAUCAUAAAUUAGAAUCGCUACAGUUGUCAAGAAGAAGAAUUUUAUUCACCCAGCAUUACAAUUACAACUAUUUUUUAUUUCUGACAGUACUAAUAUGAUGACACGCGCAUGGAAGACUUUCUAUCUCCAUCGUCUAUCAUUGCACUUCUGCCUCCUUCUCCCCACAAUGACCAUGUGAAAUGCUGUCCCAGUUUGCACCUGCCUUUCAAACGGGCUAAAUAAAGGCACAAAACAGUGACCGCAAUCGGUUUACGGAUCACCGGCACAUUGCGGGUGGUAAAUGAUUUCAUUUGCAUCUGCUCCUCCCAGUAUUUUUCUGCGUUGUGAUGAUCUACAUAUACUCUGCAUAUUCAUGAAGCCAAACAUGCUGAAUCGAUUCCGCGCUGUUUUGCUCAUUUGACAGAUGCAAUCCUUGGUGCACCCAGUUAGUAGAUCAGGUGCAUGCGCUGUUUUUUGAACACGCAAACAUUUUGUAGAUCAGGCCCUUAAUAUGCUUUAAAUCUUUUUUGCAGAUUGAUUUGAUAUGUGUGAUCAGCGGCGGCAUGAGAAAAUUAUUAUACUGGGGCAAUAGGGGUGGGGGGGCUGACUCUUUAUUAGAGGUGCUAGUAAAUUCUGAUUCAAAAAACACCAACUAAUAAUACUGUAAUACAGGGGUGUCAAAGUCAAAUGGACGGAGGGCCAAAUAAAAAAAUUAGCUACAAGCCGAGGGCCGGACUGAUCGAAUGUUCAUUGAAAAUUUUUUAAAUGACGCAUAUAGUCUAGUGAACCUAAUUGAACCUACUGAAAACCUAACAAAUAUAUUCCAAUAUGAUCAGAUAAAUAAAGCAAUACUUUCUUAUGGCUCUGUCAGUAAUCUUUAAUUUUCAACAGACACAAAAGACAAAUUUCCUUUAUAUAAAAAUCCCCAUAACAUGAACAUUAAAUGAAAGAAACCCGUAUUAUUCAAGGCACCAUCAGUAGCCUAUAUUUUCUAUUUUAGCAAAAGUGGGCUAAAUUUACUUAAAAGAAAAAAAUAAUAAUAGCAAUUUUCGAUCAUCCACUCAACUGAAAUAUUUUAAAAAUAUAAUUGGAUUGAAAUACAAUAAAAUAAAGUGCAAAAAUCCGCGUGUUUCGUUUCAUAAUGUCGUCUCAGAUUAUACUCUUUCAGUACCGCCACACUUUCUCCACACAGAAGACACACAGGUUUUCCAGCUACCUCCGUGAACAUAUACUCCGACUCCCACCUUGUUUGAAACCCCUGGUUCUCAGUGUCCACCUUCCGUUUUGCCAUUUUUGAUAGGUAUCUGAAAGUUAAUUUUACUGUAAUGCUGACGACUGCUGUGCUAAUAAAUAUUGAAAUGAAGCAGCCUACUGCUCGGUGCGUCACCGUUGCAUUGUGGGAAAUGUAGUAUUGGUGCGUGUAAAAGAUCUGCGGGCUGCCGGCUUGCUGCGGUCUGCGGGCCGGUUCUAAUAAUAAAUCAAGAUCAUCCCAGGGGCCGUAAAAAACCUUCUCGCGGGCCGGAUGUGGCCCGCGGGGCUUGACUCUGACAUAUGUGCAAAUGUUAAUCAUAUAACAAUUAGGGCUGGGCAAUGAUUAAAAAUUUUAAUCGCAAUCAAUCACAUAAUUUCCCUGAUUAAGCUUGAUUAAUCGCAUUGUAUACACAAAAAUCCAGUAAAGAAUUCACAUGUUGUGUACAGUGCACUUUGAUUGGAAUGUUCUGCCAUGUGAACGAAAGCCCCAUGACAUUUGUUGUGCAAACACUAUUAAAAUCAGCACUUGUUAUACAGUAACAGUGACAUAACAUAUUUAGUGUAAGUCAACUUAAAAAAUUUAAAUACAAAAAUUAAAGCUUAUUGCUACUGAAAGGCUUUAAAGUACCGUAUUUUCCGCACUAUAAGGCGCACCUAAAAACCUCCAAUUUUAUAACAGCCUUAUAAUCCGGCGCGCCUUAUAUAUGGACCAAUAUUGAGCCACAACAGGUCUCGCAACUACGGUAAGCAGCCGCCGACUUCAUUUUCCCCCGUAGAAGAAGAAGCGCGUGGUGCAUGCUGGGAUAUAUGACUGCGCGAGGCGUGCCGUUUCAUUUCUAUUUGUGUGUUUAUGUAAAGACCCCAAAAGGGCUCCUAAAACAGCUGUUUAUUCAUUUUGGGAGUGAACGGAGUUGUCAGAACGCUGGUUUGUAAUCUAUUAAUAAAGUUUGACUGACCUAUCUGACUGUUUUGUUGACAUUCCCUUUAGCGCAGCUCCAUCUAAUGGAUGCAUAACGUAACCCCAGCCUCCACUGUAGCGUCUUUUCUAUGCGCCUUAUAAUGCGGUGCGCCUUAUAUAUGAACAAAGUUUUAAAAUAGGCCAUUCAUUGAAGGUGCGCCUUAUAAUCCGGUGCGCCUUAUAGUGCGGAAAAUACGGUAAUCCUGUUGCUUAUAAAAAAUAAAUGCAAUCUACGUACAAAACCCUGAGCCACAAUCAUAACAUCUAAAUAGGCAAUUUUUAAGGUAACAGAAGGAACUUUUUUCUUUUAUCAGGGAACAGCAUAACCAGUCUAUGUUAAGUACCAAAUGUCCCUGUUUGAAAGGGUGAAACACAAAAAAGUUCACUAUUGAGAUUUCCUUUACGGGGGACUAGAAAGUAAAGUCCGUGUUUAUUCUGGAGUUCCUUUGUCGAAUCUCACUUAACUCAGUGCAGUUUGUCAAUUCCUAGAACUUGAUGGCCAGUAAUUUUAAAUGUACUUCCAUAUGAAUUUAAAGUGCCAUAACAUUUACUGUGCAAACACACUCUUAACAUCUGAAUUUUUAAACAGUUAGCAGUUAAACAAAAUAUUUGUUUAGUGUUCCAGUGUUCCAAAACACUAAUCGGCCUACAGUCUGAAGCUAUCCACUUCGCUAUGCUUCUGUUUAUCUAUACUUUUUCCAACACGCUGAAUUUCACAUAGUCUGCCGAAGCUUCGCUCCACUGUCUGUUUCGUUGAAUGAUUUGCUGAUAUCAACAGUGUGCUUCACAUUAAGGUGAUAUUUUACACUUGAAGUACUCCGGUGAUACGAAAAUUCAGCUUGGCAGUGGAUACAAAUAACCACAAUUAUUGACUUUUUUCAUCUUUAUGAACAUGCAUUCACAGACAUAUCAAGUACACAAACAAAAGGAACCCUUUCACCCCCCUUCCCUCUCUCAAUAAGAUCGACGGUAGAUGAAAUGUACACACAAGUAUGAAUAUGCAGAUACACAUCUCACGCAUCUCAAGUCUAUGAUUCGGUCCUCGUUAUCAUUUCCACAUUACACAAUACCAAUACUUUAGACAUGGAACUAGUUACAAGCCGUUGCGAGAUUAUGAAGUCAAUAAUAACUGUCCUUGUUCAGGACCAAGCACUUGCCCAUCAAGGUUAUUCAUUAAGGAUAAGGAAGAGGACCACAUCCUGUUGAAGUCCUCAGUUUUUCCUUUUGCCAUGCAAGUCAGUUUUUCCAGCGCCAGGUUUGAUGCCAUUUCUGUAAUCCAUCGACCAGCGGUAGGUCCCUGGGUCUCCUUCCAUGCUAAAGCAACCACUCGUUUUCCCUGUUAUAGACAGAAAAUAAUUGCCUUGCUUCACAGUCACUGGAAAAUCCUCAGGGUAUAGUGUAGCAAGCAUAAUUUAGCCUCAGCCGGUAUAUUUUUUCCUGUCAGUUUGGAGAUCAAAUCUAGAACCUCUUUCCAAAAUAACUUCAACUUUUGACAGCUCCAUAUACAAUGCAACAGUGUACCAACUUCUUCCAUACAUUUGAUACAACAGUCAGGAAUAUCAGGAUUAAAGUGGUGUAGUUUAACAGGCGUGAUGUAGGUCCUAAGCUACCAUUUAUACUGUAGGAGUUUGCAUCUUGUAUUUGUAGUUUGAGUUUGGGAUAGAAGACACGCCUUCCCCCAGUCUUCUACACUCAAGAUCCUUCUCCCAUGCCAAUAGAUGAGACAGAGAGUUUUCUUUAGAACCUGCCAAUAGUACACCAUAAAAGAUAGAUAUUUGACCCUAACAAAUAACUUUGUUUUUGACAAAUCCGCCGUCGGGAAUAACUUUAAAAUGGAAAUGACCAUGUAAAAGCUUCGUAGCGUUACACUUCUUCUCCAUGUUUGUUUUGAUUUUUCCACGUUUUUCCACCAAACCCCUUCUUUUCCAGUUCAGCAGCCGCCAGCCACAGAUUUUAACAAAAUAAAAGCAUGUGAGCAACAUGUGCUAAUGCGGGAUAAAAUAAUUGUUGGCAUUCAUAGAUUAUUGGGUUAAUGUGAAAAUAACGUGUAAACUCGGCAGCUCUAAUAACAACAAAAGCAUAUUUAACUACUUGAGUUUAAUGAAUGAACAAAUGCCUAACAACAAGCGAAAAACAAAGAAACAUCUGUUGAUUUACAAAAGAGUGUAACUGUGAAAACUGAAGCAGUGUGUGGUUACAUGUACAAUAGACUCUUACCCCUGUCUCUCACUAACUCACUAAAUCUCUUCUUUCUCUCCCUCUGUUCUUCCCUCCUUCCCUUUCCAUUUCUGUCUUUCUCUCUUCUUCUCCUGUCACCUCCUCUUCACUCACUCUCCACUCCUUCUCUUCUCACCUUCUCUCCUCUUGUCUGUUAUAGAGUACCUAUCUAAAUAUUUUUAUGUGAAAACAGAUGGCAGUAGAGAUAGUUGCUGGAUAGAAUUAAGCUCAGUGAAUUUUCAUAUUUAGCAAUAACACUGAGUAAAGGUUACUUGUCUUUUUUUGUCCUACAGAGUUUUACCAUGAUGCUGAAUGGCUGACAAGCAACUAGUCAUCUCACAAACCCUGUAAAGUUCCUUCCCAUCGUAUAGUGGGGGGCACGGUCCCUCAGCAAAGUAGGAGGAAUGUAUCAGGAAGUUGCUUUCCUAGCUGGCAACACUGAACAUCAAUUUACCCCCUUUCGCUUCAAACGUGUGGAAAACCCUCAGGAGGUCAGCUCAAAGAAGGGUUUGUUCUACAAGCGAGCCCAGCUACUACUGCAGUCCCAGCCUUGUCACCUGGAUGGAGAUCAGAUUAACUUUGUUGAUGGGACAGCCAUCAUCAACGUAGGGGGCAUCAAGUAUUGCUUUCCAUGGUCCACACUGGAAGAGUUUCCCCUGACACGGCUCGGCAAGCUGCGUAGUUGCAGCAAUGAGGCUGAAAUCAUGGAUGUGUGCGAUGACUACGAUGGUAGCCGUAAUGAGUAUUUCUUUGACCGAAACCCAUCAGCUUUUCGCACCAUUGUCACUUUCUUAGCAGCAGGGAAGCUGCGGCUGCUGAGAGAGAUGUGUGCCCUGUCCUUCCAGGAGGAGCUGCUGUACUGGGGUGUGGAAGAGAACAACCUGGACUGGUGUUGCCUGAGAAAGCUGCGGCUUAGGCAAGAAGAGUUCAAGGAGCAGCAAAGGCUGGAGGAGGAGGCUGAGCUCACCUCUCCACAGUCCUGUGAGGAGAGUCAGCAGCUUCCUGGAGUAGUGGAAGAGACUCGUGCAGCAAACUGCAUGCGUAGACUGCAGGACAUGGUGGAGAACCCUCACUCCGGCCUGCCGGGGAAGAUCUUUGCCUGUUUGUCAGUGUUAUUUGUGGCCAUCACUGCUGUGACACUGUGUGUCAGCACUAUGCCAGACCUCAGAGAGGAGGAGGAGAGGGUGAGUACAGUCUUUCCUUUUAAAUCAUAUCACUUAUCUCUUUUUCUUGAAAAGAUUUAGGUCAGUUACACAAAACAUUGAACUCUUGUCUGACUUCCUUCUGACCCUCUGACUCACUGCCUUUUUUUCCUCAUUCAAUGACUCACUCACACAAAGGUUUCAAAACUAAGGCAUCAGUGCCUUUUUGAACAGAGAAGAUUAGGUUGGCAAUCUUAUAAGAAUUAAAAAAGAAAGUAUUGUUUAUCUAAUCUUUGUAGGUGAAAGUAGCCUCUUGAGGCUGUAAAAAAGAUAAAUUCAUGAUUGAUAUUAAAAUGAAAUGAAAAUUUUUGAGCAUUUCAGGGGCAAAAUUUAAAUAUGAACACUGUAGUUGAGGCAUUACACAACAAAACUUUGAACUGAUAUCACUUGGGUCCCAGGAUUCCUUUUUCCAAACAACCUUGAGUAUGUGAACGCUGUAUAGCUGCUACAGAAGGAUUCAGAUUAUGCUGAUGCAGCAACCCACAUACAUAGAUUUCUAAGGCUUUAUUGUAAAUCAUCGUGACAGAGGGGAAGGCUCAGGGACACUAAGGCUUUCACACCAUUCACCUGAGAAACAGAUCAUUGCAGCUCCCCUUGCUGUUUUUGCAGCAUUAUGUUCCUUGUGGUUGCACAAAAUCGGUCUAUUCCCAGAUGUAUGCUGUUAUUGACGGCAAAAAUGCAACACAAGAAAAAAAAAAAGCUGUUUGCACACAUCUUCAAAUGAAUAAUCCAUGGUUUUGGGCUUUGGUUCUGUAAAAUCCCACAGAUAUUCUCCCAAUGCUGUUGAUUUCCUUGACCUGCUUCCAAAAAUGAAUGUGAAAUAAGCUUCACUGAAUAUGAAAUAGGUUCUUAUAAUUGUUAUAUAACGAUGCAAUGAUUAUGCAAAUUCUUGCCAUAAAGCCUCAAUCUAUACAGUAAAAAGGCUUCCUUACCCAAACCUUAUUUAGACCUGCAGGCAGCUGAAGUACUGUAGUUGGGUACAAGAUGGGAGGGGGAAAAAAUCCCCAAAAGUUAGUACAAAGGAGAUUUAGCAGAUUCCCCCCUUUUGAAAAGCAAGCUGUUGGACUAUUGUAGCACUCAAACAAAUCAACCACACAGUUUCAUUUAAAAUCUACCUAUUAACACAGAUGGUAGUAUUUUGAACCCAUGACGUGACGUCAGUGCUGCUAUAUAACCGUUCGCACACACGUGGGAGCGCCACUCACUCUAAUGCUCUUGCCAGGUCUGCUUUUGCCAUCUCUCGCUUCCUGUUAUUUCGAUAUCAAUUCAUUUACUUUAAAAACCCAAACAGUCUUUUUAAAGUCUAAUCUCACAAACUAUCUUUUCUAAAGACUAUCCCCUAGCCAGUUUUUCUUUUUAACUCAGCCUAUCACCCCUCUGCCUUUUUCAUCGUGUUGCAACACAACUGUCACACACACAACUAACACCCACACACUCGCACACUUACUUUACCCACUCACUCACAAAGGGCUACAAUCAUCAAGUCAUAAAAAAAUCAGCAUUUUCUGCAAGAAUCUUAAUUGGGUGUUAAAGAAUGGUCUAAGUCUGACUCUGACUAGCCCGUGAUGCUAGGCUAGUCCUUCAACAUAGCCACACACAUGUGCACACAUUGUUAAACCGUAAACUUUAUUAAAAACAAGCGCUUAAAGAGCUUUAAGGGUCUACAGAUAAAGUGCUAUAAAAAUCUGAUGCAUUUUUAUUAUUAUUAUUGUUAUUACCGGAUGACAUAUGACCAUAUUUUAUCUCUGUGCCUGCAUGAUUCUACAGCUUAGUUGUUUUUAAUCCAAAGGGCAACAGGUGUGAUUAGUCACACAUUGUGUUAAGUACUAUUUUUGUCUCUAAACAAUAUCACCGUAGCACCAAUUAACCACCUAGACCAGGGGUCGGCAACCUUAAACACUCAAAGAGCCACUUGGACCAGUUUCCCACAGAAAAGAAAACACAGGGAGCCGCAAAACCUCUUUGACAUCUAAAAUGAAGAUAACAUUGCAUAUAUCUUUUUUUUACCUUUAUACAAAGUAUAUAAAGAACUGUAGCGAGUUGCAUUUAUGAAAUAAAUGAACUAUUUCGGCGAGUGUCUGUCUUCUUCUGUAGUUAAACCGGGAGAUAUCAAAAUCUACCCGGAUACAGCAAUGCUGCUUUUUGAUUGGCUGUUCAGUAGAUAUACUUUAUUUGAUUGGCUUGUGCGUGGCACGCAGCUUCUGAACUCUCGGAGGAACUCAGUUGAUUUCCCCCAGUCCCAUAGUUGAAGAAGUGCAACUUGGUGGACAUCACCGUGUUCAUUUAUGAUGCGUGAUGCAUUCAUUAUUAAUGCGUGAGAAAUACAAUGUGUGGUGUGUGAGCAUGUGAACGAGUGGGAAUGCGCGUGUCAUACGCUGAAUGCGUGAGACUUGAGAGCCCUGUGCUCACGCAUCAUCGAUGUACUCCCGUGCCAUGCAAAACGGUCUUUGCAAAUGUUGCACUGAACGCCUUCCUUUUCAGUCUUGGUGAAGUUUUCCCACACCACUGAUGUUUUAGGUCGGGAUUUGGGUUGGGUUGUGUCCAUGUUUUUCUCAGCCGCUGCCUCGGCCAUGGCUGUUUCUUUUCUGUGCGUCCUGCUGAUGUUUACACGCCGGUGUCCAUGGACAUAUAUAAAGACCCGACGAAUCGAUUACAGAAUUUGUUGGCAACGGAUUUUUUCGUCACGACGAAUGUACUUAAUCGAUUCGUUGUUGCAGCCUUAAUAGUUUAUUCAAUGUUACAAGAGCAUUAUAAUCUUUGAAUUUAGAAUUACAAAAAAUAAUAAUAAUAAAAUAAAAUAAAAUGCAAUUAUGUAUUUAUUAUUUAUUUUCCAAAUCCAUUGGGAGCCGCAGCUUAGGGAAGAAAGAGCCGCAUGCGGCUCCAGAGCCGCGGGUUGCCGACCCCUGACCUAGACAUACCUAUACAUCCAGGUUAACAAGAAUAACCAGGUGACUGCGUGGCCUUUAAAAAAAUCUUUACAGCAAAGGACGGAAACUACAAUCUGCCAUUUGUGAAUGCCUUCCUAACUGCCUCAAUAAUAACAAAGUGCCAACUGUGAAGUCAGUUAAAAUGAGAAGGCAUGUCAGUAAAGAAACAUUGCUUUACUGUGAAUGCACAGAUUUUUUUUUACAUGAUGACUGAAAGAAAAUUACAGGUUUGACAGUGCUCCACAAACUCUUACUUUUGAUACCCAAGUCAGACAGAACUCAUGAUACAGUGACUUCUCUCAUACCAUGCCUCUUUUGUUGUAAUUAUCCUUUUAAAGUGUCAAGUAAUGUGUUAAAUAGCUGCACCCUUUCAUGAAUCCAGCUAGACUUUGUGAUUUGAUAAUUACAUUUAUUUCAGUUAAGUCUGCCCACUCCUCUUCCUUCAUACAAGGCUUUCUAAUAUCCAUUGUCUUUGAUAGCCAGUCACUGCUCAGAUCUCCCUAACCCAUUACAACUAAUGAAAUGAGUACUUCCAAUUCCAUACUGUAGUUUAUUACCGUUUGUCAUAUAUAAUGUUUUUGAGGUUUCAGUUAUGGCUCCAGUGUAUGGAGGGUAUGAAUGCAACAGCCCUCACAGUUUGAUGGAAAGAAAAUUAGCUUUACUCAUGUGCUGUAGUAUCCUUCUGUUACCUUUGAAACCUGAAAGCAAAAUGAUUUUGUUGAAGACACUUACUUAUGUAACAAAUCAUUUUUGGUAGUGUGGCUCAUCCCUGAGAGCUCCUUGCCCUUUCACUUGAACUCAUGGAAUGCCAAAACCUGAGCCAGGAAGAACACAACUUUCUUCUGUUUUAUAUACAUCUACAAAACCCAAUUCCAUUGAAGUUGGGAAAUUGUGAUAAACGUAAAUAAAAACAGAGUAAAAUGAUUUGCAAAUACCUUUCAACCUACAUUCAGUUUAAUACACUACAAAGACAAGAUAUUUAAUGUUCAAACAAAUUUUUUUUUUUGGCAAAUAAUUCAUUUUGGAAAUUGAUGGCAGCAACACGUGCCAAAGAAGUUGGGAAAGGUGGCAAAAAAUACAAAGAAAUUUGAGGAAUGCUCAUCAAACAUCUAUUUGAAACAUCCCACAGGUGAGCAGGCUAAUUGGGAACAGGUGGGUGCCAUGAUUGGGUAUAAAAGCAGCUUCCCCAAAAAUUCUCAGUCAUUCACAAGCAAGGAUGGGACGAGGUUUACCGCUUUGUGAACAACUGCGUGAGCAAAUGGUUGAACAGUUUAAGAACAAUGUUUCUCAAAGUACAAUUGCAAGGAAUUUAGGGAUUUCAGUAUCUACUGUCCAUAAUAUCAUCAAAAGAGAAUCUGGAGAAAUCACUGCACCUAAGCGGCACGACCAGAAACCAACAUUGAAGCCUGUGACCUUCGAUCUCUCAGGCGGCACUGUAUCAAAAACCGACAUCAAUGUGUAAAGGACAUCACCACAUGGGCUCAGGAACACUUCAGAAAACCACUUUCAGUAAAUACAGUUUGUCGCUACAUCUGUAAGUUUAAGUUAAAACUCUACUAUGCAAAGCUAAAGCCAUUUAUCAACAACAUCCAGAAACGACAGCAUGGCUUCGCAGUAAAAGAGUGCGGGUACUCGACUGGCCUGCCUGCAGUCCAGACCUGUCUCCUGUUGAAAAUGUAAGCCGCAUUAUAAAGCGUAAAAUAUGACAACGGAGACCCCGGACUGUUGAACAACUGAAGCUGUACAUCAAGCAAGAAUGGGAAAGAAUUCCACCUUCAAAGCUUCAACAAUUAGUCUCCUCAAUUCCCAAAUGUUUAUUGAGUGUUGUUAAAAGGAAAGGUGAUGUAACACAGUGAUAAAUAUGCUCCUGUCCUAACUACUUUGUCACGUGUUGCAGCCAUGAAAUUCUGAGUUAAUUAUUAUUUGUAUAAAAAAUAAAGGUUAUGAGUUUGAACAUUAAAUAUCUUGUCUUUGUAGUGUAUUCAAUUGAAUAUAGGUUGAAAAGAAUUUACAAAUCAUUGUAAUCUGUUUUCAUUUAUGUUUAUCACAAUUUCCCAUCUUCAAUGGAAUUGGGUUUUGCAUUCAAAACUGAGAUAGGGAGAGCAGCUAAGUAGGCUUAUUUUGCAGAAUGGAUGCACAGAUGGGUAAGUGGUUAGGCUGUCAGCUGAUAUGGGCUGGCAUUAGGGCUAAAAAGUUCAUGAUCAGUGUUGAGCACGUUCCAUCAGUGUCACGUGUCACGCAGCAAAUAGGUUGAUAUUUUAAUCAAUGCAGCAUUGUGCACAGGAUGCGCCGUCUCAGAAGCAUGUUGAGCGUGGCUCUGCGAAAGAUAAGCGUUGUGUUUAAUUUCUCUGCUCUAUGCUUCCAACAUGCAUCAAUCUACACAGGGAAGAUCGUUCUAGACAGGCACUGUCAAGCACUAAAACCACGCAUGUCAUCUGGAAAAAUUUCACAAUAAAUCACCAUUUGGGAACUCCUGACUGUGUAUCAGUUCGUGUGGAUGAGAAAUACUUCUUGGUUAUGGAUUUAUCAGUAACACAAAAUCCCUAAUCUGUGUGGACCCCAACAGGCUUUUUAACUGCUAACUCUGUCUGAAGGUAACAGCACAGUGUGAAGGAACAUAAUUUACGUAAUUAAACACAAGUGAACCUGCAAAAACCUAAACUUUGAAAUCAGUUUGCUUUUUCACAUACAGUAGAGGCUCAACGGUCACUGAAUGAUUUUCAAAUUAUGCUCAACACGGAUCCUGUGUGUUUUCAGCUUUAGAACCAAUUGAUUGACAGCCAAAGCCAUUUUUCAAAGGUUUUUAUGGCUUUUUCAUGACAGGUUGAGUGUGGCCCAUUAUCAGCUCAAGCCCCCACACUAACUAGCAACAGGAUGCCACCCUUCACCAGUGGCGAUUUCCACAAACUUUUGUUGAAAACCAAAAUGCACAGAUUAGAAGUUAAUGUCGUUUUGUGGAAAUGAAACCACUCUUCCUUUUCAGAAUAGAAGAGAAUGCUAACACACAGCUACUUAGCACUGAUAAGAAACAGGAGAGCUGUGACCUCUGCAAUAAAUCUUCACACAGAAGUCCUCCCUGGAACACUCCUGGAGCAAAUAUGAAAAUGAACUCAGCCCCUUGGAACAUGGAUGGAAGAAUGAAAGGCAGAACAUACCAUUCAAAUCUUUCUGCCUGCUUCACCAGUCUGUUCCUUCCACCAAGGACAAGGGGCAAGUUAAGCCAAAACAAACAGGGGAUAAUUGUCAUGAAGGAAACCAAGCAUAGCUGAAGUGUGCUCCAAUCAUGAGAGAUGUCAGGGGAUCAGGAAGUGUAUUCUGUACUGUCCCUUGAUUGAUCAAUCAUAUAGAUUAAUGAUCAAAUUUGUUCUUUUUUUCCCCCACAGUUCCUCCUUGCUAGCAAGGAGCUGAUGGUAGGUUGAGACUGAGAGGACUCAGAGGAUUCAUUAACCUCAGUCAGAUGUAUGUGGUUCAAGUAAUACAUCAUUGGGGUUGUUGUCGUGUUGUACUUGUACAUGCAGCACAGUGUAUGCAGCAACCCUCGUCAUUUUUCGGCUCAUAAUGGUCCCACACCACACUUCGUCUUACUUUUUUCAUGUUUUAAUUUAAAUUUUUUUUUACCCCUAUAGAAGCCCGCUGACGCUGUAUCACUCCCCUUGUAAAAUGUCAAAAUCCUUCUGCACGGUGUGUGCACACACACACGCACACACACACACACACACACACAGUUUACCAUCCACCGUGAGCUUGUCACCCAUGUAUCCCGUUCUUGGAGUUCACUGUCCAAAUAAACAUGUAGCAAUUUGAAUUUAUAAUAAAUGUCCUAAAAUAAUAGAAUUAAAUUAUGACAUUUAUGCACUCAUUGAAAGGGCACCACCCACCUUUUCCUGGUGGGAAAAACAGAAAGAAAACAAGGUUUAAUUGAGUAAUCAAACGUUGACUCAGUCUUAAACAGAUUUAAAUUAAUCUCACAUCUGAGGCUGGAAUUCUCAUUUCAGGGACUUCGCUUCUGAAAGGAGCACUAAGAGACGACAACUUAAAAUUAAAUGGAUACUUUAUUGACAAAUGCUAGGUGAUAACAUAAAUUCAAUAAAUGAUGAUCACAUAAUGAGAAAAUAAAAGAACAUCUAAUGGAUAGAUGAAGGAACAGUUUGAAUUGAGCUAAGACUUGAGGUUAAUGAUAGUGAGUCAACAAGGAAAAAUUUAACCUAAGUCAACGGGGUUACGAGGAUAAAUUUGGAAGAGUAAUUUAGAGAAACUAAAUUAUAAUUCAGAACAUAAGCUCUGAACGGUUGACACAUCACCCGGUUUUUCAAACAGUGUGUCAAGGGGUUUGCCUACUUAUUUGAUGACGGUUCUCAGCAGGCAAUCUUGGAGUGGACCAGCCAAAGGUCCAGGCUACAGGAGGUCUUUGCGGGUCGGCUAGCAGCUGGCCAAAUGGUGGAUCUGAUGUCACACACAAGCACACAGCACCGGCGCCCCGUCUAUCCUUCAGCGCUCCUCUCUCGGAACCUUGUGGCAAACGCAGCUCGGCAGAUGAUGCUGGUUGGUGAGCAAACUCAGAGUGACCCCUGAACUCAAAGUCCUCCUGAAGGAGAAGAGGAGGGUCUUUAAAUCCGGGGACAAGGAGGAGCUGAGGAGGGUGCAGAAGGAGCUGAAGAAGAAGAUCAGAGAGGGGAAGGCCAGCUACAAGACCAAGAUGGAAAACCUGCAACAGAACAACACGAGGGAGGUCUGGGGAGGCCUGAAAUCCAUCUCAGGUCACAGCAGGGGCCACGAGAGGGGACCUGAAGCAGGAGACAGGGAGUGGGCCAACGAGCUGAAUCUGUUCUUCAAUAGAUUUGACUCUGCUCCCACUCCUCCCCCGACUCAUCAAACCAACGACCUGUUUGCUGCUUCUUCUUCACACCACCUCAGUUCCAUGGCACCGGCAUCAUCAACCCCCCUCCACUUAUCCUCAACCACCCCCUCCAGCACCACCCCCAGCCUCUCCAUAACAGCUGACCAGGUGAGAAGUGAGCUGAGGAAGAUGAAGCCAAGGAAGGCCACGGGUCCUGACGGCAUCAGCUCCAGACUCCUGAAGGACUGUGCAGACCAGCUCUGUGAGGUGCUACUGCACAUCUUCAGCUUAAGCCUGAGUCUGGAGAGGUUCCCAGCUGUGGAAGACUUCCUGUGUGAUUCCUGUCCCCAAGACAGCACACCCCAGGGAUCCCAACCACUUCAGACCUGUGGCCCUCACUUCUCACCUGAUGAAGACUCUGGAGAGGAUCAUCCUGAGGAACCUCCGCCUCCUGGUGAGCUCUCAUCUGGAUCCUCUGCAGUUUGCGUACCAGCCAAACAUUGGGGUGGACGACGCAGUCAUCUACCUGCUGCAGAGGUCCAUGGCUCACUUGGAGAACACUGGCAGCACUGUGAGGGUCAUGUUUUUUGACUUCUCCAGUGCUUUCAACACCAUCCAGCCUUUACUGCUCAGAAGGAAGCUGGAGAGGGCGGGAGUGGACUGUGACCUAGCUGCAUGGACCGUGGACUGCCUCACCGACAGACCACAGUUUGUGAGGCUUCAGAACUGUGUAUCGGACAUGGUGGUCUGCAGCACGGGGGCUCCAAAGGGGACAGUGCUCUCCCUCUUCCUCUUCACCCUGUACACCUCGGACUUCAGCUACAACUCUGGGAGCUGUCACCUCCAGAAGUUCUCUGAUGACACAGCCAUCGUCGGAUGUGUAUCGUCAGGGGAUGAGUGGGAAUACAGGACUGUCAUCACUGACUUUGUCAACUGGUGUGGCACAAACCACCUCCAGCUCAACGCCAGUAAGACAAAGGAGAUGGUCGUGGAUUUCCGCAGGAGGAGGACACCUCAGACUGUUCCAGUGAACAUCCAGGGUCUGGACAUCGAGAUGGUGGAGUCCUACAGAUUCCUGGGUGUCCACCUCAACAACAAACUGGGGGGGGGGGACUGUUCUUUGGACUCCCUGGAGGUGGUGGGUGAGAGGAGGAUGUUAGCAAAGCUUAUAUCCAUCAUGGACAAUCCCUCUCACCCACUGCACCAGACUGUGGGGGCUUUAAGCAGCUGCUUCAGCAGCAGACUGAGACUCCCACCUUGCAAGAUGGAGCGCUACCACAGGUCAUUCCUCCCUUCUGCAAUAAGACUUUACAACGAACUGUAGUAAAACUGGACUCGCACCACCACUUUUUUUCUGGUACUUAAAUUGUGUAUAUUGUAGAUAGUUUUAUUUUCUUCUCCCUUUUUUCCUUUUUCUAAAUUUUUUCUUAAUUAUUACAUUUAUUUAAGUUCUUAAUAUUAUGAUCUUUAUUUUUAUAACUGCAUUUUUGCACUAUCUUUGUGAUGCUGCUGUGUCAAAAAAAAUUCCCCCAUGGGGGAUCAAUAAAGGAAUAAUCUAUUCUAUUCUAUUCUAUUCUAUUCUAUAUAUAUAUAUAUAUAUAUAUAUAUAUAUAUAUAUAUAUAUAAAGGUAUGCUUCUGAGUGUACUUUUAUAAACUAAAAUUGGGCCAAUUUAGUCCCAAGAAGUUUAUUUGUAGGUACACUUGUAGUAUAUUUUCAUCAGUGUACAAAGUAUAACUUGGUAACUGUACUAAAAUGACCUUUAGUGUAAUUCAUGAAUGUACUUGAGGUAUACUUAGUUUUGGUAAGGGAUGGCAGACACUUUGGGCAUCCCAGCACUUUUAGUUUUACUUUGUUAAUGAAGUCAUGUCAUGAAGCUGUCAGACAUGUGGAUUACAGUUUAUAUUACAGUUCAGAAAAUUAAGGGUGAUGCAACCCAAAUUCAGGAAGGCACUCAGUCUACUGGGCUGGCUCGCAGGGUUCAGGCAGUACUCAGAAGGUUUUUAAGAGCUACCUGCAAUGGAAAGCACUUAGCCUGGCUGUCUAAUCUAAUGUGGCUCUCAGAAAGCCAUUCUGUGGCUGGGAAACCUUUCUUUAUUUCCACCCUUUCUCUCUCACACACACAAGGAGAAAACAGAAUCUAUAAUGUAUUUCACUUUUGAUGCUUCCUCUUCCACACACUCUAAAUGAAUUGAGGAUCAUCAAACAUCUGAAGUGUUGUGUCAAUUUCCUCCUUCAGAAUAGCUUACUCUGUUCAUACUAAGCAUCUUUGAAAACUGUGUCCUUGUCCCAUUUAUUACCAGCAAAAGCUCAACUGUGGAUCUAACCAUUCAGUGACUAUGUGUGUGCCCAAGAGCCAUUUACACUCCUGCUUAUGUAAAUCCUCACCAACCUCAGUGAUAUAUUGUCAAAGAAAAAUGCUAGAGCUCAGAGGGUGUGAAUGUGUGGAAGACACCCAUGUUAAAAAAUCGAAAGGGGAAUAGAGAAUUUAGUCUAUGCAGAAAAUGUGAGCUGCACAUCAAUCAUUUCUACUGUCUGAGUAAUAUUAUUGUAGUUCAGACCCAGACUAAUAUGCAAACCUUCAUUGUGAUGAUGAUUUGUUUUUUUUUUAUUGAUGGGUAUUAAGCAUUUUUUAUUUAAAACGUUUGUCCAAACAGCCCUCAAAUAAUUAGGUUAGUUCACUACUGGUUCUUAAAAUAACUGCUCUUAGGUCAUUUCUGGUCAUGGUGGCUGACAGGGGCUAAUGAUCUGCAACAGUCGAAACAAUCUUCAUUAGGAGAAACAUUCAAAUGAAUAUAUGACACAACUCCAAAAGCACAUGCAAAACACAACAGUCGAAAGGCACAGCCCAUUAAAUGAGGGCAUGUCAGGAGUAAGACUCUCACUCUCACACCGAGUGACUUUAAAGGGGUUUUUGUGUGGCAGGCUUUGGGUAGUAGUACAUUUUUGUGUACUUGGCUUGUAUUGCUGAUCUUUUUAAAAGUAUACUCUUAAAAAGGAUUUAUUAAAGUAUUGACUGACCAAGUAUAUAUAAACCUAAAGCACACAUACAUACUUAAAGGGAUAUUCCGGUGUAAUAUGAAUUAAUUUCUGUUGACAGAAUCAGCUGGCGCAGUGACAUUUUCAUGCCCUCCCGUGGCGUAUACAGUGCGCUGAUUCAAACCUGGUCCGCUUUCAGUGCAGGCAGAGCAGAGCUGGUCUAGUAGUAAUUUGGUAAACCGGCAGAGCAUUGCACAUGUCACCAGUGCCUCACCGGCAGGCUUCAACAGUGUUGAUGCAGUGCAAUAAAAAAUGAACAACCACUUUUCAGUGCAACUAUCUAAGUCAUCACAUACAUUUAGAUCUAUAUCAAUAUAUUCUGAUCUAUAUCUUGGCUGAUGAGCUUAUUUGGCACGGAUUUGGACACUCAACCUGACCAAAUUAACACAUCUCAAACUGCAUUAAAGGGGACCUGCCACCAAAAUUUCAUCCCCAUUUUUAUCAUUUUUUCAUAAUCCUUGAUGUCCUCUGAUCAUGUUUGCAACAUAAUUUUAGCUGAAAAGUUAUUUGAUGGUUUGUUUUAGUAUGCCCAAAAACCUUACAAGAAAACCAACUGGUUUUGGCUCAUUAACAUUUAUGGUAAUGAGCUUUGCUCUGAUUGGAUCGCUGCUGUGAAGCCUGCUGUGCUCUGAUUGGCUCAGCAGUGGAGGUUCGGAUUUCGGUUUAUCCAUAAUGCUAAUAGCAUAUGCUAAUGUGUGCUAAAGUAAGGUGCCCAGAUGUCUGUAAUGAUAUCCGGGGAUAUUCGGUGUGGCAGCGGUGCAGGGGCUGCAGGGGCUGCAGGGUCUGUGUGAUCACAGACAAAAUCUCGGUACUAUUAAGUAGCAGCGCAUGCCCCUUGUAAUAACCCCCGUAAGAACUGUUGUUCAGGACUGCUAACUUGUGCUUCCUACCUAUUCGGCUACUGUAAUAACCGUUGUUCAUGCCCACAUGCAACAUUUUUGUUCUCAUUCAUGGAACGCUUAAAUCGGGGACAUUUUCGGGGACAGCUUUUGCUGGGGACAGGUCAUCCAAUACAGAGACUGUCCCCGGAAAUCGGGGACGUCUGGUCACCUUAUGCUAAAGGCUAAAAACGGCAGGUAUUAAACCAUAUAUUUUAGACCCCGAGUCCGAAGAGGAGGUGGAAGUUGAAGAAGAAGCCAGAGAUCUCCAGCGGUGUUUUCUCAUUCAUUCUGUCCAGCUUUAAGUUCAUUUUCCCGGCAGUGAACCGAAGAAAACACCGGUCGUUUGGAAGAGACCCAUAGCGGAUACAGUGGUAGCUGGGUCUCGCUCUGGCUGUGAGUGAGUACGAGAACGAGAGAGUGGGCACGGCUCAGCGAGGAUGCGCUCGUGAAUAAUAAUGAGCAAUGUCAGCGCGACGUCAGAGGGACCUGCUUUUUCAAUUGGCCUGGUUUACCCGUUCCUUUAUUUUAAACCUUUACAGAAUGCAAACGACGUAACGGUUUGUUUUCACAUUUACAACAUAAGAUGAACAUAAUAUGGACCUUAUCUGACACAAAAAACACACAAAAUUACAUUUUUAUGGCAGGUCCCCUUUAAAUUAAAUAUCCAGUAAAUAGUCUCACAUGAUGAAGUGAACAAGAUAGUUAUUCGUCCCCUGUCCUCUUUUUUUCUCUUCCUCUUCCUCUUCUUUCUUGCGCAGCUCGACCCGUACAUGUCUCCGUGUCCUCUCCCCGUCCUGCUGCAGCAACAGCGGCAAGGCUGACCCGAUGAUUUAUUUUAGUUAUCAAAUGAAUUAUUUACUUCAAAAAUUUGAACAAAAAAAUGAAAGAAACUUUCCUUCAUAUUGAUCUGUUUAUCUGAUAUUCUCACAUCCUUAAAAUUCUGUGAAUAUUCAAUCCGGAGUUAGGCCUACAUAUGAAUAUUAUAAUAUUCAGUUGCAUGAGUUCAUUUUAUAUGCCAACAUCAGUGAACGAAAGAGCCAUGCCAGGCCACGGAGCAUAAUGCAUCCUAUACACACAGGUGGUUUCAAUUUUAAUGCCACUAUUGGAAUCUGUUUAUGUUGUGAUCUGUAUGCACAACCCGCCACCCAACGAAAUUUGCAAUGUGCCUUGCCGGUGGUGGAUUUAAAGGUGAGGAGAGGAGCUGGUGUGAUUGGUGAAAACAGGACUCGGCUGUGUUAAACCCACUCCAUGCCUUCUCUCCUCCCUCUUUCCGACUUACGCCGCCAGGGGGAGCAGAGUUAGGGAGGGGGGAUACUUGCGCCAGGUUGUGCCGCUCACCAAAAUACCAAAGUGUGCUUGGGCACACCUCAUCAGUGUAGCGGACCUGACUUAUGCCGCACCUAUGCAAUACCGCCAGCAAGGCACAAAAAUAGAGCCCUGAAAGUUGAAACAUCAAGAGAUUAUGGAUUGCAUGUAAAGAUGGUAUAGGGUCUUUGUUUCCUAUACAGAAACAGAGCCUACAAAAUUAUGGCAAAAAGAUUUCUAACCCUUUUGUUUAGGUAUUUCUAUGAUUCCUGUACCCUCCCACUACCAUCAUCUCCAAGAGUACUUAAAAAAUGGUUUGAUGCAAAUAAACUAUCGUUAAAUCUUAGUAAAACAAAAUAUAUACUCUUCUGCAACAGGAAAAUGGAUACACUAGUAAAAUUAACAAUUCAAGAUGUAGAAAUUGAACAUGUAAAUGAACUCAAAUUCCUGGGAGUUAUCAUAGACAAUAAACUCAGCUGGAAAUCACACAUAACGAAUAUCAAGACAAAAAUAUCCAAAACAAUUCCAAUACUAUAUAAAUUGAAACCCCUUGUUAAUAAUAACUCUGAGUGUCUCUAAAGCACUUACAUAAUGCUGCUGUUGAAAAACUGUAACCCCAUCUUGUAGCUUGUAGUUCUAAAUGGGUUUGGUGGUUUGGUGUCUCAACAGCAAAAAAAUGGCUUUAUGCAAAAUAAAUGUAUUCUCUGAAAGAUUCAUGAAGUGUAAUCUUUGAGUGCUUUUCCACUCUGAGGGGAGUUAAUAAUGUUGCCACAGAGCAUAUCUGUUGACUUAGCAAAUGUUGAUGAAAAGUUUUUGCUUUUAUAUACACACUUUUGCACAUUUACACCUACUUACAACAACUACCAGAUCAUACUGUAUGUAUGUGUUUCUGUAGAGAUUUCUGCACAACUUAAAGGUGUGAUCAUGAAUAUGUGAACCAUAAGGGACCCGAGGGAAAUGUAAAAGAUUCCUUUAAGAAAGUGCCUGUUUUAAAGGAUUUAAGAGGAGAGAUUUACAUAAUAGAAGAGUGUGAUGAGAGAUAUCAUCAUUGCCCGCAUACUCUCAUUAACCCCCACAUAAUUAACUGACACCAAUUACGCAAAGAAAACUUGGAGUAAAUGCUGGAAAAAUGAACUCACACUUUAUUUUUUCUCUCCCCCCAUGGGGUACUUUGACUUGAUUAUCAAGCAGUAUCUCAUGUUUUAUUUUCAAAUAUUUAUAAAUAAUUUUUCUGCAGUCUUGAACAAAAAGUUUAUUCCAAAAAAGAGAGCAUAUUUCAGUUUUGGUUGUAGAAAUAUAGAAAAGAACGUAUUCUUGUUAGGUUAAAUACUUGUAUAGACUUAUAGUACCUAUUUAUCUGUACCUUUUAAAGAUUUCACCUCUUGAUCACUCAGGUUUGAUACAAUUCAGUGAAUUUUAAGACAAUCACUGCCUUAGUUGUAUCCUCCAUGAAUCUUUUAGUUCUUUCCCUGUUGUUUUUUUUUGUUCUGUGAAAUAUCAGAACAACCUUUUUGUUGCAAGAUCAAACACAACAAUCUUUGGAAUCAACACUAAACUAGCAAAUCAAACUGCGGCUCUAAAACAGAUUCUUAAUCAGUGUGCUUCCACUUGUGUCUUUCGACCUUUAUCGGAAGCUCUGUCAAAGUCUUGCACACUGAAUGAUGUUAUUUUAAGUUUUGCAAUGUAACACAACCCUUGAUGUCUGACUUUUAUGCUUUCUUUCCUCUGCAGGGUGAGUGCUCCCAAAGGUGCUAUAACAUCUUUGUGCUGGAGACAGUGUGUGUUGCCUGGUUCUCACUGGAGUUCCUGCUACGUUUCAUUCAGACUCAGAGCAAGUGUAUGUUCCUGCGUACACCUCUGAAUGUGAUAGAUGUGGUGGCCAUCCUCCCCUACUACAUCACUCUCAUCGUGGACACUCUGUCAGUCGGAGAAAAACCUACGGGCUCAGGGAACAACUACCUAGAGAAAGUAGGGUUAGUUCUCAGAGUUCUGCGAGCUCUUCGUAUCUUCUAUGUUAUGAGAUUGGCUCGUCACUCCUUAGGCCUGCAGACCCUUGGUUUGACAGUAAGGAGGUGUACGCGUGAGUUUGGACUGUUACUGCUGUUCCUUUGUGUGGCCAUGGCUCUCUUUUCCCCACUGGUGUUUCUUGCUGAGAGUGAAAUGGGAGCCAAGCAGGAGUUCACAAGCAUCCCUGGUAGCUACUGGUGGGCUGUUAUCUCCAUGACAACAGUCGGAUAUGGAGACAUGGUGCCCAGAAGCAUCCCUGGCCAGGUGGUGGCGCUUAGCAGUAUCCUUUCUGGCAUCCUCCUCAUGGCCUUCCCUGUCACCUCCAUCUUUCACACUUUCUCCCGCUCCUACUUGGAGCUGAAAGAGGAACAGAACCGGGCUCUGAGGCAGAAGCCAGACUCACAGGACAGCACUAAGUCUCAAAAUAGUGAAGACUCCCAAGAGACAGACAGCUACCAUGACAUCAUGGAGGCCACAGCCUCAACCUUGCAGCGGAGGAAGGCUUUUGCUGCUCUGAGGGCUGCUGAGACCAGAGCGUCCAUGCGAACAUAGCUGCUCUGUCUGUCUGUCUGCCUUUCUGUGUAAAGUGGCAGCCUUGAAGGCUGUGCCACCAAGAGCCGGGACUUCAAAGUUGACAAGAUACAGGAUUAUGAGCUGGGAGGGGAGGCCUCUGCUUUGAUCAUGUGAGGCGCUUGUGCACCAGGGCGUAUAUGAAUUUGUUAAGUUUCACAGAGGAGUUGCAGUGGUAUUUUAUUCUGCAUAAAUAUGACUUGAACACAUGGAUGACUGUACAGUGUUUGUGAUGAUCUAAUUAAAGUAAAAAACGUAACUGAGACAGUAAUAUGACUGAGAUUUAGAUUUAAGUAAUACUGCAUUUUAAUCCUGAGAGUAAUAAUCAAUCCCCCCUAUGUUUAAAGACCCACUCUGAAAUCGUGUUUUUCUUGUUGUCUGCAUGUUCAUAUGGCAUUUUUCUGAUGCCGCAGGGCAUGUCACGAGAAAACUAAGUAUAAAAUUGCAUUUCUGAAUAUUUCUUCAUUCAAAUCGCUGUGAAUCUCUGGCAGACCCAAACUGUAGGCUCAGACACAGUGAGAUUUCCUACGUCACAUAUCCACGCUCCGCCUCUGGAGCCCCUCUAUGCAGGCCAGCCUCUGUGAAGUAAAUCACAGAACAAGCGUGUGCGUUAGCAGAUUGCAAUCCUUGUAAGAAAGCUCAUUAUGAUAAUCGCUUUCAUCAUUUCCCCAAAGACAUUAGUGUCCGAGAGCUGAAUAACUCCUAUGUUACCUGCUAUUUCUACUACACCGGCUAUGUUAGGCUGCAAGCUAGUGUGAAGAGGAGUGUAAAGAGGAGUGUAAAGAGGAGUGUGCAGAGCAGCGCUGUCUCCACCAACGACACAGAGGCGAAUUGCUAAUGAGCUACUGGAGCUCUGCAGAAGUCCUUGAAAAUGACACAGGUGACGUGAUUUUGGCUGAAAACUUCAUAAUCACAAUUUAAAGCCCACUGAAAAAACUUAUUGGAAAAAAAAAUUGAUCAGAGUGGGACUUUAAAGAGGCUGUUUAAAGGAGGUGUUUGCAUAAAUGCCACUAUUCAAAUGUGUCAUUAUCUCCAUUUACCCACGGCAUCUUACCCGUAGUCAAUAGAGGAUGUAUUUUAAGAUUAGACUGACUGUUUUUAUAUUUACCAUGUAAGUUGCUUAUUUUUUCUGAACUACUUACACUCACCGGCCACUUUAUUAGGUACACCAUGCUAGAAACGGGUUGGACCCCCUUUUGCCUUCAGAACUGCCUCAAUUCUUCGUGGCAUAGAUUCAACAAGGUGCUGGAAGCAUUCCUCAGAGAGCUUGGUCCAUAUUGACAUGAUGGCAUCACACAGUUGCCGCAGAUUUGUCGGCUGCACAUCCAUGAUGCGAAUCUCCCGUUCCACCACAUCCCAAAGAUGCUCUAUUGGAUUGAGAUCUGGUGACUGUGGAGGCCAUUUGAGUACAGUGAACUCAUUGUCAUGUUCAAGAAACCAGUCUGAGAUGAUUCCAGCUUUAUGACAUGGCGCAUUAUCCUGCUGAAAGUAGCCAUCAGAAGUUGGGUACAUUGUGGUCAUAAAGGGAUGGACAUGGUCAGCAACAAUACUCAGGUAGGCUGUGGCGUUGCAACGAUGCUCAAUUGGUACCAAGGGGCCCAAAGAGUGCCAAGAAAAUAUUCCCCACACCAUGACACCACCACCACCAGCCUGAACCAUUGAUACAAGGCAGGAUGGAUCCAUGCUUUCAUGUUGUUGACGCCAAAUUCUGACCCUACCAUCCGAAUGUCGCAGCAGAAAUCGAGACUCAUCAGACCAGGCAACGUUUUUCCAAUCUUCUAUUGUCCAAUUUCGAUGAGCUUGUGCAAAUUGUAGCCUCAGUUUCCUGUUCUUAGCUGAAAGGAGUGGCACCCGGCGUGGUCUUCUGCUGCUGUAGCCCAUCUGCCUCAAAGUUCGAUGUACUGUGCGUUCAGAGAUGCUCUUCUGCCUACCUUGGUUGUAACGGGUGGUUAUUUGAGUCACUGUUGCCUUUCUAUCAGCUCGAACCAGUCUGGCCAUUCUCCUCUGACCUCUGGCAUCAACAAGGCAUUUCCGCCCACAGAACUGCCGCUCACUGGAUAUUUUUUCUUUUUCGGACCAUUCUCUGUAAACCCUAGAGAUGGUUGUGCGUGAAAAUCCCAGUAGAUCAGCAGUUUCUGAAAUACUCAGAGCAGCCCUUCUGGCACCAACAACCAUGCCACGUUCAAAGUCACUCAAAUCACCUUUCUUCCCCAUACUGAUGCUCGGUUUGAACUGCAGGAGAUUGUCUUGACCAUGUCUACAUGCCUAAAUGCACUAAGUUGCCGCCAUGUGAUUGGCUGAUUAGAAAUUAAGUGUUAACGAGCAGUUGGACAGGUGUACCUAAUAAAGUGGCCGGUGAGUGUACAUUUUUGGCCUAUCAUCUUCACAGAGAAUCUCUUGCAUGAAUGUUUUCUGUAUUUUUGGUCUGAUUUGUCCCUGCACAAAACAAUAUGGAGAAAUAAAAUAUAGAAAUAAUCUCACAGGGUAUUCAUGAAAAAGCAUUAAAAAUGCACUGUCAUACAAAUUCAGAUAACAUUGUAUGAGUGCAGAUAUUGUGCUUUACUAUGUAGCGAAUUGAAUUUAUAAUAAACAUCCUAAGAUUAACAAACUUAAACUAUGACAUUUAUGCACUCAUUGAAAGGGGCACCACCCACCUUGAUGUAGGAAAAAUAAAGAAAAACAAAGGUUUAAUAUAGAAAUCAAACAUUAAGUUAAUCUUAAAUUAAUCAAUCUCGUAUCUUUGGCCGAAAUUCUCAUUUCAGGGACUCCACUUCUGAAAGAACACUAACAGACAAGAACUUAGAAAAAUAAUGAUCUGUUUAUUACAGGAUAAAUGAUGGUACAACAUACAUGCAAUAAAUGAUAAGAUAAUGAGUAUAGAUAAUAAUCGAUGAAUAAUAAUAGACUCUGAGUCAGGCUAGGAUUACUUAAGUUAAUGAUAGUGAAUGUGCUCUAACAUAUUAACCUACACUAACUCUGGUGUAAAGAUAAUUUGGAUGUGGAUCUGGAUGGAUCUAGGAUUAUAAAAAAAAAAAAUAUUGCAAUCAUGACCACAUGAGACCGCAUCAGCCCUGUUUGGAGCUCUGGAGGUUUGGAUACUUGAGUGAGGCUGUUCCUUGGAGAAGAUGGAGUAGGUUCACCAAAGGUCUGGGCUACUGGCAGUUUGAGAGGUUCAGCUCAGAAAAGGGACCAAAGUCAGCCGAAAGAUGGACCAGGAGUCAGCACCUUAUCUAUCCUUUGGAUGCUCCUUUGGUCUCACAAAAGUCAGGCUCACAGGAUGACUUUGGGCCCACUGUGUGGCGUUCAGAGGCAACUUUAAAAUCUAACUAAGAAAAAAGAAGCUCCAUGGCCAAUCAAAACUGUGUGACUUGAACAAAGACGAUGCUGAAGAAAAAUCGUGAAUGAACACAUUGUGUAAAACUUAAAAGAGGAUGAGGAAAAAGUAGGACUAAGUGUAAGAGUAAGACAAAAAGACUUAGAGUACUAAAAGGAUAAGAGGUUACAGGUAUAUUCCGGCAUAGAAUUAAGUUAGGGUCAAUCAGACCAUAACACCGAGUUAGACACCCUCUCGGGAGAUGAAUGUUGCCAACUGCUUGCUUCUCUAGUCAUACCAACUUUAGUAAUGACCGCAAGAUAGCAAUAAACAGCGGUCUGAGAAGCCAUAAAUAAACCUCAAUCAAAACGCCACUCUAUAGCCACAAAUAAUGCUCAGAACAGCACCUAACUUCAUCAACAGUACAUAUAGGGUCCCAGCCACAGCACUAGACACCAAACGUCUUUUUGGCUUUGCCUGAUUUUUUGAGCAAAGAGACUAAAAACAACUUACCCACUAUCUUCCAGCAGCCGCUUGUUUGUAGGCAGAGCUCAGACGAGUCCAUCACAGAGUGCAGCGGGGUGAUGCAGCUCAAGGAAGAAGAUUUAUAUAUAUAUAUAUAUAUAUACAUAUAUAUUGUGUGCAUAUUUUUGUGUAUAUACGUGUAUAUAGGUAUGGAUGUAUAUGUGUAUAUAUAAGGUCUUUGUUUCAGUAUUAAUGAUUAGUUACAUAUUCAUGUUCGACUUUGGAGCUUUGGUUACUUUUUGGUGACAUCAGAAAUUCUAAAAUUCUAGAGACAUGUUAAGAGUCAACGAAUAGGAAGGAAUGAGGGUAGAUACAAAUAAGCUAAAUAUCUUCUACCUACUCCUUUUUGGAUCUCCAAAAAAUAGGGAAUUUCUUGUCUAAAAUUGUACUGUAUGUAUAUUUGAUCGAUUAAACGAUCUCUCUCUCUCUCUGCUUGUGUCCUGGGACCAAGUAGGGAACCUUUCCUGCGAGGAAUGUGUGAGUUUCACACACAGGGUUGUCUUGGUGCUACAACUACUUCAGCAUACAUUAAAGGUCUGCAUAAAUAAAGUAUAAAUAAAGGUGUUGAAGAGUUGAAGUGUGUAUAUAAGGAAAUAUUAUGAUCUUAACACUAACGAAUAAGCCACAUACAUCUACCCCCACCUUCAUAAAAGCAGUAACAUGUAAUAACUAGAUUGGCCUAUGCCAGACCUAUGUCUCCAGGUAUGUCUAGAAGGUCCAGUUGCCAGAGUUUAAUCAGUUGUAUGAGAUCUUUCAAUGCUGCUUCAAGGCUUCUGCUUUUUAAAUCCAUGAGCAGUAAGUGUUCCAAUCUGUGCAUUUGCAGGACUCAGGGUGUUCUUAUAGUGAAAAGCCACCUUAAGUUAGCACUAAGUGUAGACUGCGCACUGGUAAGAGCAACAGUUACUUAGAAAAAUGAGGUUGACGUUGGCACAAGUUUUUGUUUCACCUUUUUAAUUAGAAUGUGAAGUGGCAUAUGUUUUCUUCUGUGUAAGUUAUUACUUAAUGCUUAUGAAACCAUUCAGAGGGACUAAUGCUCAUUAACUCCUUUAAAAGAAGUAACGAAGGCAAAUAUCCACAACCUAGUGUUAAAAAAUAGACCCCAACUAUUUUGGAAACAUGACACAAAAAAUCUUAUAAUACCCACACAGAAGCUACAACAGCCACAAUGCUUUGAUUUAAAGGAAUAAAAAAUGUUGUUUUGAUGAAGAGAAAAUGAGACAGUGAGACAGCAAAUCUAGACUUGUGCUUUGUAUCAUAAAUCCAUGAAAUAAAGAUAAAAAUGAACACUCUCCCAUGUGGAGGGGCUUUGAUUCAAAAACUAAACAAGAAUGCUCUCAAAUUUAGGACACUGUGUGCUAGAACAUCCUAAAUUGGUUUGUCUGUGAUUUGGUUAAUGUUUUUUCCACACCCAUUUUUAAUAAUAAAUGAAUCUUGUCCCUAGGA